GGCGGGCUCAUCCCGAGCUGACAUGCAGAGUGGGCGGGGCCGGCGUUCGUUGUGCCCGGUGUAAUGGCGGCGGCUGCGGGCACUGUGAAUGAAUUCUCCCGGCAGAAAAGGCACGAAGAAGAAACCGGUGACCCCAGCGGCAGAGACAGGUCCCGGGCCCCCGGCGCCCCCACUUCCCCCGGAAGCCCCGGAACGCUCCGUCACGCCCUCUCUUCAUAAGCGGAACCUGUACGUGUUCUCGUACCCGCUGCUGGCCGUGUUCUCGCUGUUCCGCUUCCUCGCCUUCCACCUCGGCCUGCUCUUCGUGUGGCUGUGCGAGCUGCUCUCCCGGGGGCUCAUGGCGGACAGAGCGCCCCGCAUGGCGGGGGUGGGAGCCCAGGCUGCGGACAGGCCGCCGGAGCCCGAUGUGGUGCGGAGAUACCACCAGGAGGCCUUCCACUGCAUCUCCAUGGCCCUCCGCAUCGACGAGCAGGAGAAAGGUGAGGGCCUCAGGACGGGACAGAAACGUCGGCCGAGGGCGGAAUAGCUGUCAUGGCUGCCUUGCCAUCACAUAAACAGCGGCCAUGGGUGGCUGCCAGAGCUGUGCCCGGGCCCACUGUGUGCAGGGCCGUCCUUAACAUCACUAGGACCCUGGGCACAGCGUGUUACUGGGCCCCCUGGGCACCCCCACUCCCUGGCAAUGCAAUAUAUACACACUGACUGACUGACUGACACUCUCACUGACUCACUGACUGACACUCUCACUGACUGACUGACUGACACUCUCACUGACUGACUGACUGACACUCUCACUGACUGACUGACUGACACCCUCACUCACUCACUGACUGACACCCUCACUCACUCACUGACUGACACCCUCACUCACUCACUGACUGACACCCUCACUCACUCACUGACUGACACCCUCACUCACUCACUGACUGACACCCUCACUCACUCACUGACUGACACCCAUUGACAGGCAUAUUGACACAUUCACACUUUUAAAUUUACUCCCGUUUCCUACCUUGAAGGAUUGCUUCCCUGGGGUCCAGAGUGGUGGCUGAGGCUGUUGGGGGUUGCUGACUGGCAAUCUGGCCCAGUCCCCCUCCUCUCUACUUCCCUGGUGUGGUCUCUCUAGAGGAAGUGCCUCACUGCAGUCACUUGCUCCCGUGCUGUUAAAGAGCCCCCCUGGUGGCCCUUGGUGCAUGGGCCUCCUUAGUGUGGGGGGGUGGCAAGAAAGUUGUCAAGGGCAGCGGAGCGCACAGGGCAGCUUCCUUGGGUCCCUUAGAAGUAAGAGAGCCCGGGGCAGCUGCACUGCUUGCCCCAUGUGUUAAAGUUGGCCCUGAUUGUGUUGGGCACCCACCUCUGGCAGUCAUUGCGUUAAAGAGUUACUCCAAGCAUCACCUACUAUACAGCCAGCAUUGAUGGUUAUGGUACCAAGUGUACCCUGCCCCAGUAACUGGAUAACCUGCGUAACAAUAGUUUGUUCUCUUACCUGUGCAGACUGGAUUCUGGUGAUAGGCUGUGGCAGAGGUGUAGGAGCCGUGGUCGACGCAGUUAAUUUGUCUGAGAGCAUCCGCUGACUGCUGUCUGUCAAUGACUGACAUUAUGUGCAAAGAGAGUUGCACCAAAUUGACAUUAACCAGCCUGGAACUCUGAUGACCCCUCAAUUGUGCUGCCAGGGGUGUAGUUUUACCAACAGCAGCAGAUUUGUCAAACUUUGUAUGUGUAGCAUUUUAAAGCAAACACUACUCAUACAUAAUUAAUGCACCCUAACCGCUUCAAAUCACUCAAGGGAUCAUGGCGCAUGGAGUACCCCAGUAAAAUUACACAUUUGUCUAAAACCCAAAAUAUGGCCACCAGCUCUGCAGUUUUGGGACCCACAUGAUAGUGCAAGUAGCAGUGGGACCUCAAAUCCUAGUAGUUCACUAUCCUUUGUAGGAUUGUACUGUGGACAGAGUAAUCUAAGACAUGUUAAUGGCUGAAAAGACCUGUCCCUGACAUAAUAGGGUAGUGUCAAUGAUAGCUAUCAUUUGUAACAGGUGUUUUAACAGUCUAUUAAGUAACAUACGAAUAUUUAUUGCUGAAAUACUGCACUAGCAGACUCAAAGCACCAUACCCACUUCAGAUCACUGAAGUAACCCUUUAAAGCAAAUCUAUGACUAUUGACUCUUUCAUAAAGAUAGUAUCUUUUAUUGGAAACAAUACUGACGAAACUGAACUGAGAUUCUAAAUCUAUUGAAAGAUGAAAAAAAAAGACUAAGACAAAUAGGAAUAUAUCUCUUCCCAUUGUCCCCCUACGUUGCACCGUGGACAUGUUGCCUGGUAUGGGGAUCUGAAUUUUUUUUCCCCAGGCUCUCUCCCAAGUGACUGCUUUGGGGAAUAGGUAAAAUAUUUUGUGUGAUGCAUCACAUGUUAUAAUCUUACAUGAUUGCAAUAUUGUUUGAUAUUCAAACCAGCAGGUCUUCGUGUUUUGUUACUGUGAGUUUGUAUAAAAGAGGCACAUUAACAUGUUGACUUGGCAGUUAUUCACACAUGCACUCAUGUUAAUUUUGGCAGGUGUAUUGGUUAAGAUAGCCUUUUGCUUACCAUCCACUAUUUGGGAACUAAUUUGAGCUCUGACUGAUAGCAUCUCUUGUGCAGCAUGUGUUUUGGCUGAUGCAGUAUGAAAAAGUGAACGGUCAGCAUACUUGGUAAAAAGUUUGUUGGAAUAGGCAGUUGUCAGAGGGUUUACCAAAGUGUUUUAAAUUCAAAAAAGGCAUAGUCACAGCUUGAAGGCUUUACCUAGUGAUAUCUGAUUUAAAAUAAAGACCUUGGUUGUUUAAUUUCAGACAAAUAAGCAUUUUACAGCAUUGCUACCGGCAGAUGGAAUAUAAAAAAUGCUCAGGCUGUCUAUACUGUUCUGAAUAUACAGUGUGCAGUUACAAUGAGACCAUACCUUUUUUUAUUUUUGAACUGAAAUAUAUAUAUAUAUUGCAGAUAUACUGUUUUGACGUCAUCUGUUCAGACAAACAAAUAAGAAACCCCUUUGAAGUCUGGAAGCUGAAUUGAUGUAAAACAUUACCAACCCUAUUCACAGUUUAAGUAGUCCGUUUAAAUGUGCUGUAAAUAUCUCUUUUAGAGAUAGCAAAAUCUUAGUAGCUUUGAAAGCAUAUAUUUAAGGACACAGAGGAAAAGGCACAUGAUUCUAACUAAAAAUUAAUUAGGUUUGCCUUAUUAUUGGCUUCUUUUUCCCAUCAACUGCAAGGACAUUCUGUCACAAUUUGACAUCUGGUUCAAAAGCAAAAUGCCUCAUAAAAGCUUAUUGCCUGCAAACAUGCAUGCAGGAAAUCACAGGGAAAUUAUGCCUGGUGUGCCAAAAAUGUCAAUGCGUAUCUUUGGAGAUCACUUGGAACUUCCGAAAAAAUAAAAGGAGGGGUAAGGUGUGUGUGUGUGUUUUUUUUUUUUUUUCUUUCUUCUUCUUCUACUAAACAUUGUUUGUUAGGGUAAGCAAAAUUGGUGUCUGAUGCCACCACGCACAGCAUGCUAGUGCUAGACAGCCAUUGGCAGCACAACCCCACUACCACACUCCCGUUGUUUCCUUCCCUCAUAAGGUUAGUUAAGUUGGAACUGAUGGAAGUUUUAGAAAUUUUAUUUAUCUUCUUAUGUUUAGGUUGGGGGAGCGGUCCUCAAUUAGGAGGGUUACUCCAACCAAAAUUCAGUGUUUUAUUAAAACAAUGUUUUUUAGUUAAAGUAUCCCUUUUAAAGAAACCUUGAGCACAUUCAGCUCAGUGUUAGCAGAAGUUACCUGUGAAAAUAGUGCAAGAAUCAUAUACCUCAAUUCCUGCGUAAAUUGUCAGUGAUGGAGAUAGACCAGGUAGAUAGAGAAUUUGAAGCAAAUGAAAACACAAAAUAAAAUACACAUUAAGUUGGGGUAGCAAACCAGCUAAAAACAAGGUCCAACUUUGCAUCAAACUGUUUUUUAUUUAAAUAUAUAAUAAGUUUGUCCCGCUCAGAGGAUGAAAGGUAAGCACAUUUGUAAUACAAUUCAGAGCGUACACAUAUGCAAACUAUCGAGUGUUGGUUACAAAUGAAGUAACUGCCGUAGAUGAGAUUUUGAUGUUCAAAUCACUCCUAUUAUUGAGCUAGUAAUCAUGCUGGGAUAACGUCUACUGUGCAUCAGACUUUAGAUUUUAGCUGAUUAAGCACUUAUCGCUAUUUGACACUGGGGUCAUCCAAGGGAUUUGGCAUAGUGUGUUUACCAUCUAGUUUAAAAUCUGUUUGUUUAGAUGUCUCCGCUACCUCAAUUUUUACCGGCUCGACUGAUGUGGGUUGUAAAUAUAGCAAGGUAGCCUAAUCUAUAAUUUAAAGGUGAUAGCUAGUACUUUUGAAUGCAGAGGAGUCAGCUGGGACACUAAUGUAGCUAAUAUUGCAAGCUUAUAUGCACACUUUACUGCUAGCAAUGAGUGAUGCCGAGUUAACAGAUGUUUGGCUCCAUAGGAGGUCACAAAUUGUGCUUUCUAGAUCUUAGUUAUGUGCAAAUGGCUUAGAAGAUUGCAGCAAUUUUACAGAACAGUUAGAUAUGCAGAUUGGACUAAGAGUUUGCAUGUAGCAUCUGCACUUUGCACAGUUCACUAAACUGUGAAGCAGGCAGCAGGCUGUGUCAAUUGAUAACAGCUGUGGCAUCCUAAGUGAUGAGUGGCACUGUUUAUUUUUAUUUAAUAAACUACUUAUCCCAUAAAUCCUACUGUUCACUUAAAUGGGGUCUAUAAGGAAAAGAGUCUGCGUUUUGUGCUUUGUCACAAAACUGUGAAUAUUUAAUGAUGAAAAUAACGUUUUGAUUAAUCAUUUUACAAUAUUUAUGUAAAUCAUUUCAAAUGAUUGAUCAUAAAAACCACUAUCUCUUUGUUUGCCUUGACAAAAAAAGAGAAACUAUCAAUAACUUUGAAUUAAUCUGCUAGAUUUUUUUUAAAUAUAAACUCCGGUUUUAUAAAGGGGGGGGGGAGAGAGGGCAAUGUUUCUCUUGUUAUAUCUGCCAGAUUCAUGUCUAGAUGAAUUAAUUAAAUCAUUCAUACAUAUCAAAACACAUGGUUAUUGUGUCAAAACCUAUUAGGUCAGUUAAUGUAAUUAUACAUUUGUCCAGGGCAUGUUGCGUCCAGUAUUGACAGCAUGCUGAUUCCUUCUUCAUCCUUUGUUGUGCCGAUAGUCACAGCCAGCCAGAAAACACAUGCACGUUCUUGGAAAGAUUGAGCUUUGACACAUUGCAUUUUAUUUAUUUUCCAUGUUGGCACUUGAGACAAAAGAAAACAUGUAAACAUUUACUACAUCAGCCUAAUGCCUCUCCUCCCCCUUUGCACAUUCUUAUCUGUGACCCACAUUGUUUUAAUUCCAUAUUGAAACACGUGUGUGUAUACUAUAUAUUUAUUUAUUUUUCUCUCUCCAGCAAAACUAACUAAAUCCUUUACAUAAAUAUAUACCAGUAGAGUGUGUAUGUAUAUACAUAUCUCUCAUACGAUUUUAUUUUUAUAUUUUUGAAAUCUCCCUAAAGGGACACUAUACUCACCAGUGCAACUACAUGUAUUCCUGACACUAUAGUGUUAACACGACCAUCUAGCUCCCCUGGGCCCCUCAUGCCUCCAUAAAUAUAGUAAAAAUCUUACUGUAUUCAAGUCAGAAGCUGUAAAUCUGCAUGCUGUUAGACUCAGGAAAAACAAGCAGUCUGCUGACAUGUGAUAGCCUGAUCCAAUCAGAGUGCUUCCCCAUAGGAUUGGCUGAGACUGACAAGGAGGCAGAUCAGGGGCAGAGCCAGCAUGAUUCAAACACAGCCCUGGCCAAUCAGCAUCUCCUCAUAGAGAUGAAUUGAAUCAAUUCAUCUCUGAGGAAAGUUCAGUGUCUGCAUGCAGUGGAUGGAGGCAUAUUCAACUCUGAAGUCCAUCAACUCUGAAGUCCCUCUGGUUCACUCUGAGUGACUGCAACUGGAGGUGUUUAUAGCUUUCAAUGUAAACCCUGUAUUUUCUCAGAGAAUAGUGUUUACAUGAGAGAGCUGAAAUUGUUCAGGUGACUAUAGUGUCCCUUUAAUGUAUUUUUGACCAUGUACAUUAUUCUAAACUGAUAUUUCUAUUUUGGCGACAAAGAGACUGAGAAAUGAAAAUGUAUGACCGUGCAUUUAUAACAAUGCCAGGGCUACACCUUCCUCACCAUUGAAAUGGGCACUCACUAGUAUUGUGUGUAUGCUUACGUCGGCAGGAUGCAGACAGCCCUGCUCCUCCUAAACCUGUUAUCUCCGCUGACCAUUCUGACACUGGGAUUUCUAAUAUGCUAAAUGGCAUGGCAGAGGUAAAUGUGUUAAUGUUGCUAAAAUAAAUUAGAGACACAUUAUAUUGAGAGAGGGGGAAAAACGUGGCAAAUGAAAAAAUGCAAACGUAAUCUGAAUUUAUAUCACUCUUUGACACAUCUUAUUUUUUUUUUUUUUUUUUUAAAUCAUUUAAUUCAUUCUGAUUGGAGUGAUUAAGAUGUUUGGUGCAGUUAUGGAAUUUCUCUUUUUGCUGAUCCUUUGUCCACUGGGGAAUAGUUUCACUUAUUUGAACAUUCUGUUUAAGUUGCAUUUUAUUUUUAAUACCUGACCCAACCUAAAGCGGUAUCCACCCUUCCUAAUUAAACAUCAAUGUUUCACCUAAUUAUGGGUUUAAAGUUUUUGAUCUUUUCUCUUUUUAAAAUUUUAAGCUGGUUCUCUUGAUCAAAUAAGCAGCGUUUUGCUGAUUUUAUCAAUUUUACUAUAAACACUCCAUAAUACCUACUGCAUACCUAGUAUUACCUCACAAUAAUUAAGGUAGUAGCCCUUUCAACUUGGCUGCCUGUUAAUCAUUUUGCCAGUGGCCCUAGUGAAAGAGGGAAAAACUGAAACAAUGGUGGAUAUUUAUCAAAAGUUCUUUGAAAGCUGACUGUUAAAUCCUGUAAUUCUGAUGGUUUUUUUUUUGUAUUUAUUUUUUUGGUCUCGUAAAUUCAGUUUUUCAAGAAAUUUCCAUUUCAGGAGACAGAUAUUUACAGUGACAAGAACAGCGAAAGUAUAGCCAAAAAAACCAACAGAUUUAAAGGGACACUAUAGUCCCCAAAACCACUUUAGCUUAAAUGGAAACUAUUUUAUUUCUAGCCUAUAGUGCCAGUCUCUCUCACCCCCACCCCUCCCUCCCCUAAAAACCCAAUUGUCACUUACAUGAAUCCAGUAUCGACGUCCCUCAGUGCUGGAUCGGGCUCCGCUGACGUCAGGGAACUAAUGCAUAUGUGUGGUGAUUGCCGCAAUCACAUUAGGCGUUGAAUCCAUGCUUUCCUAUUGGGUUUUACCUGACGCUGGAUGUCUUCAUGCAUAGCAUGACGUCCAGGGUCAGGCGACCAAAAUUCACCUAACCACCUGGGAGUGCCUCAAGUGGCUCUCUGAUAGCUAACCCUGCAAUGUAACUAUUGCAGUUUCUCAAUAACUAAUGACCAUUGCAUGGUUAAACUGACAGAGUGCACCCAGACCAUUUUAAUAAGCUGAAGUGGUCUGAAUGCAUAUAGUUUCCAUUUAACUAACCAAUUUUGGUGUAUAAUCAUACCACUGCAGUCUCACUGCUCAAUUCUCUGCCAUUUAGGAGUUAAAUCCUAAAAUGAUGCUAUUCCAUGCAUCCACCACCCUCUCUGUAAAGUAACUUCUUGAUAUUAUUUUUAAACCUCUGCCCCUCUAAUUUAAGACUCUCUUGUUGUGGUAGUUUUUCUUCUUUUAACCCCUUAAAGACUGCGGACGUGCUAUGCUGUCCCCUUUCUCUCUCCCCCUCCCCCCCCCCUUUUCUGGGUGCCAGGUCCAGCUAGGUUUAACUUUUUUUUAUAUAUAUAUAUAUAUAUAUAUAUAUAUAUAUAUAUAUAUAUAUAUAUAUAUAUAUAUAUAUAUAUAUAUAUAUAUAUAUAUAUAUAUAUAUAUAUAUAUAUAUAUACCUAGCAGUUUCAGACAGCAUUGACAGCCGCUAGAGGGCUUAUGCGCUUCUCACUGUGAUUUUUUUUUUUUUUUCACAGUGAGAAGACGCCAGCGUCCAUAGGAAAGCAUUGUGAAUGCUUUCCCAUGGACUGGCUGAAUGCACGCGCGGCUCUUGCCGCGCAUGCGCAUUCAGCCGGUGACGGGAGGAGAGGAGGAAGAGAGCUUAACCUCUUCCUCCCCCCAGAGCCCGGCGGGAGGGGUUCCCUGAGGGUGGGGGCACCCUCAGGGCACUAUAGUGCCAGGAAAACAAGUGUUUUCCUGGCACUAUAGUGGUCCUUUAAUUCAUUAGUGAAAAGGGGAUACUUGUGAGAUUUGGUGUGGGGGCAUCAAGUCUUGAAAACAUAUGCAUUCAACAAUUGUAAUCUCAAUUGUUAUGUGUCCUGUCACUGCCAAAGAGGUUCCAGACAUGUGGUGAUAAAUUCGAAUGUCGAAAGACAUCUUUGUAUUGGCUAAAAUGAGUUGCAGAAAUAAAUACCUUCUCCUCAGCUGCCUGUAUAAAACAAUCAAUGGUGUGACCAAAGAAAAAAAGGAACAUCUCCCACUGCUAAUAGCAGCACAAUAACCAUACUAUAUCCGUAUGUACUGGUUGUGGUGUUUAGAUUGCUCCUUAACUUAAGCUGCUGAACUAUUUAUGAUGAAAAUUUAGGAGGCACAUGCCAAUUGUGUGUAAUAAUAAAAAAAAAAUAAUAAAAAAAUUCCAGAGCUCACAAGGCUCAACAAAUAUUUUAGAACUUUAAUACAAUUAAUACACUUGGAUCAUAAACUUUGGAUUGUAAGGGUUAAAGGGACACUAUAGUCACCAGAAAAACUAUAACUGAACCCCUUAAGGACCAAACUUCUGGAAUAAAAGGGAAUCUUGACAUGUCACACAUGUCAUGUGUCCUUAGGAGGUUAAUGUAGUUUUGGUGGGUAUAAUUCCCUGCAGGCAUUUUUAUAUAAACACUGCAUUUUCAUAGAGAAGGCAGUGUUUACAUUUAAAUGGAAGCGCUUCUUGGGGCAGUGCUGCACUCUCUACCAUUCAGCUGAGAUGCUGAAUUUUCCUCCUACAGAUGCAUUGAUUCAAUGCAACUCUGAGGAGGUGCUGAUUGGCCAAGCCGGUGGCUCUGCCUUAUCCCGUCUCCUUGCUGAUUUCAGCCAAUCCAAUGCUUUUCCUAUAGGAAAGCAUUGGAUUGGCUAAAAAUCAUAAAUUCUGAUGUCAACAAGGAGACAGGGCCAGAGCCGGCAGACCCGCGCAGCACUGGAAAAAAUAGGUAUGUUUUAUUGCCUUUUAAGAGGGUUAACGGGGCAAGCAACUUAAAUGGUUUUAACACUAUAAGGUUAGGAAUACACAUUUGUGUUCCUGACCCUAUAAUGUUCCUUUAAGCAAUUCUCUUAAUUACUGUCAAAAAGGCUGUAAAUUUAGAAGCCAGGUAUUCAUUUCUAAACUCGUAAAAUAUUUUUAUUUGAAACUGUAUGUUAUGUGUUGGGAUCUCUGUGGGUUGACCUUAUUUGCUGCUAAUAUGCUCUAACCAGAUAAAUUGUAUAUUUAAACAGAUCAAAAGGAGCAAGCUAUUAAAUGGUAUCAGAAAGGCAUUGAUGAAAUGGAGAAAGGAAUAGCUGUACAAGUUAAUGGACAAGGUAAGAAGUUUUAUUUUACUCUCCUAUUAAAAGCAUAGGUUUUUUUUUUUUUCUGGUUGUGUUUAUAUGUUUAUGUACAGUUUGUUCAGAAUAACUAAGAAAAAAAAAAUCCGGUAACCAAUCUAAAUGAGAUGGGCAGCUGCAUACAAGUAAGCGACUUUAACCCUUUAAGGAUGAAACUUCUGGAAUAAAAGGGAAUCGUGACAUGUCACACAUGUCAUGUGUCCUUAAGGGGUUAAGCAGAUAGGUGUAUAAAAUUUUAAAACAUAGUACGUGCGCUCCAAAAGUACAAAAUUAUUAAAUAAAAAAACAAAACCAGAGAUAUUUCUAUAGAUAAAACAUAAGAAUACCUUUUAAUGAAAGAUCACAGCUAAAACAAUGUAUAAUUAAUAUUCCUAAAAUAUAUAACCUCUAGAUAGGGGUAUAAAACACACAAAAGUAUUAAUUGCUUACAAAAGUAGUAACACAGACUUCCCAAAUGGGGAAAAAAACAACUAAAAAAACUGCAACAGUUUCAAUUAAUAUAGAAGCAGCAUGUUGCAGCCCAGAAUGGGAAGUUUAGAAAAAACAGAGAGGGUUGAACAACUAAAUGUUGCACAUCUGUGAAUAAAUUAAUAUAAAACACUAGUAGUAAGCAAUAAUAGAUACUAGGUGUGAGAAUUAUUACAAUCAAUUGUACAAUACAAGACAAAAAAAUAUAUAAAAAAACACCAUUUAGUUGUUCAACCCUCUCUGUUUUUUUUUCUAAACUUCUCAUUUUGGGCUGCAACAUGUCUAUAUUAAUUGAAACUGUUGCAUUCUCUCCCACUUUCUCCCUCCCCCCAUUUGGGGAAAGUCUGUUACUACUUAAUUAAUGUUUGUGUGUUUUAUACCCCUAUCUAGAGGUUAUAUUCUAUCUUUUAGGAAUCGUAAUUAUACAUUGUUUUAGCUGUGUUCCUUCAUUAAAAGGUAUUCUUAUGUUUGAUCUAUAGAAACAUCUUCUGUUUCGUUUAUUAAUUAAUUUUGUAUUUUUGGAGCGCACUUACUAUGUUUUUUUAAAAUUUUAUACAGUGUAUUCAGAACUGAAAAGGUACUGUCUGCAGAGCUCAGACAGGAUUGUGUAAAGAUGUACAGAUAUGGGAAAGGCUUCAAAACAACUUUGGCUGUACUGAAGGUUCCCAAUAGCACAUUAUACUUAAAUGGAAGUCAUUUCAAACAACUAUGACUCUUUAUAGAUGUGGUCACCCAGCCAAACUGGGGAAAAUGGCAUUGGUAAGAGGUGACCAGAGAUCAUUUGUAGAAAUGGUAGAAACAUGUGUAAGGACAACCAUCAGUGUAACAUUCACCAAUCUGACUGACAGACUAGCCAGACUAAAGCAUGUCUAAAUUUUAAAUAUAUAUAUAUUUUUUGCUUUGUAAUUUACACAUUUUUUGUUUCUUAUAGGUGAGCAGUUUGACAGAGCACGCCGCUUGCAAGGCAAAAUGGCUGCAAACCUGCUCAUGGCAAAGGACCGUUUAAAGCUUCUAGGUAAUGAUUGUUUUGUUUAAACUUGCAAAAAUAACCAUUUAAUAGUUGACACUUUCUCAAAGUAACUGAUGCCAAAAUGGGGUUUACAGGCAUGCCCAGCACUAAUCAAACUACAAAGUAUUGCAUGAUUUAUGAAUUUAGUCCUUAGAAUUAGAAUUCUUUGCAUUCAUUCUGCUUCUUCCUCUUUAUAUAAUGUUAUACUUUUGUUCAAAUUAUUGUAAUGAUCUAUCUGGUACAAACACAGUUCUUGUGUAGUGUGAGUUUUAAGUGCACCUGUCAGGUCUAUCGUGAUUUGAAUUUCAAAUUUAAAGGACCACUCUAGGCACCUAGACCACUUCAGCUUAAUGAAGUGGUCUGGGUGCCAGGUCCAGCUAGGGUUAACCCAUUUUUUAAUAAACAUAGCAGUUUCAGGGAAACUGCUAUGUUUAUAAAUGGGUUAAUCCUUCCCCCAAAGCCUCUAGUGGCUGUCUCAUUGUAAAUGCUUUCCUAUGUGACCGGCUGAAUGCGCAUUCAGCCGACGGGGAGGAGAGGAGGAGGAUCGGAGGAGGAGAGCUCCCCGCCCAGCGCUGGAAAAAGAUAAGUUUUACCCCUUUUACCUUUUCCAGAGCCGGGUGGGGGCACCCUCAGGGCACUAUAGUGCCAGGAAAACGAGUAUGUUUUCCUGGCAAUAUAGUGGUCCUUUAAGGCCAAAACAGCCAAUGAAACAAUGUUCAGUUUGGAUACCCUGGCCUAAAUUUUUUUUUUUUUUUUUUUAUUCUCUUUGAAGUCUCACUUUAGUGAGCAACCUGUUGGGAUCACUUUAAAGACAGUGGGGGGAGAAACCCUGAAUAUUCCAUCUAUACAAUAUAAUGGAUACAAUUGGCAAAACAGUAUGUUACGAUGCCUCCACAUUUUCACUUGCAUGCUAGGACUUCUGGAUUGCCACUUUUAACACUGGGUGGCUGCACAUACAGCUUCUCUGUGCAUUCAAGGAUGCCAUGCUGGAUGCAGAGGAACAAUCUUAAGCGAAGUACAUCUCUUAAAGGGACAAUGUAGGCACCAUAAAUACUUCAUCUUAUUGAAGUGGUUAUAAUAUCUGGUGGACCCUGGCAUUGUCCUUCUGUUCAGCAUUAUAUUGUUUUUUUAAUGGUUUAGAAGUAAGUGUUUUAUCUCCGCCAUUUCUCCAGUGGGGGCAGGACUAUGGGAAGCAACGGACCUUCAUUCUUUAUUAAACUGCUUUAAAAAGGUGUAACAUUGAAUGUAGGGACAGUGCCAGGGACUCCCAAGUACUAUGAUAAGAUAAUUGCGAUGAACAUAUUAGUGUCUACAGUGUCAUUUUAAUUAUUCGUUAUAUCGCUGGCACAGAGUAUGGCAUGGAUUUAUGCCUACAUGAAUGUGAACUUGAUAUUCAUGGUUGAUGUUGCUCACAUUGAGAUGCCGAUGUGUUCCAAGUUUUAAACAACUGUAAAUUAAUCAGUUACUUAUUGGGAUAUGACCUUUAAUAGGUUGGAGAGAUGUUUCUUUUUUUUUUUUUUUAUAGGCCAGCAUUGGAAUAUUCCUGCUAAAAAAUUAAAAGUAUAUGUGUGCCAAGUCAUAGUAUGCAUGCAUUGCAUACACAGACACUCAGACCAUAAUGUGCAUACGAUGUGAGCGUUGUGUGCACAUUAGACAUUCCCACAGGAACGCAUUGAAUCAAUGCUUUCCUGUUGGGAUUUUGAAAAUGCUGAACGGUUUCAUUCAGUCUUCUAGAUUGCCACUAGAAGUUGUCUUAACCCUGUAAUGUAAAUAUUCAAUGGGAUUUUAAGUGGUCUGGGUUCCUAAAGUGUCCCUUUAAUCAAUAAAUAUCUUGAGCUGUAUGUGAAUAUGGCUUUGUGAAGUUUGAAUAACAUGUAAAACACCUUAGUUAUGAAUGUUGUUACUGUUUUGUUGAUGCAAACGUCUUGUGGAGCUUAAUAUUGCAUGGGCAUUUAAAAAUGCAUUUUGUGUUGCAUACAAUGUUGCACUAUUAAUACUGAAGGGAAUUUUUUUUUUUUUGCCACAGUUUAGGAUUAGAGAUCUGUUGUACUUUUCAGCGAAAUCCUUGCUUACAGCUGUUGUUUAUUAAAUGUGUAUUCCCUUUGUAAAGUACAUAAAUUCUAAUUUGUUAAGCCCCAUGAAAGUUUCUGUGGACUGUAUUGUAACUGUUUUAUAGAGGUUCACAGUAAUUACAGUUUUGAGAUCCAUUAAAAGAGGAACUUAAUGUUUUUGGGAUUUGUAUUUUAUUCCUGGCACAAACACAAAUUGUAGAUUUACACCUUGUGAAAGGACUAUACGUGUAAUACAAUCCUUUUUAUUUAUAAAAGAUUCCCUUUGGUUGGCUUUUGCAUGGGAUGUUUACUUUGGUUUAACAGCUGUUUCUAUAGCAGGCGUCUAAACCAGUUUUUCUCUGCUCACUAAACCAGAUAAUGGAGUUCAGACAUUUUUUAACAAUAAUACUGCUAGGAAAUACUACACAAAAGCAUUUUAUUUCAUUUGUUCAUGCCCCAUAAUUUCUUAUUAAUGGGCGUUUGUAAUAUUUAUUUUCAGGUGUUUGUGAGUUUUGUAAAGUAAAAUUGGCACGGUAGAAAAGAUCAGGACCGGAAUGUCGGUUUCCUUUUUUAAAGGGAUACUAUAUGCAUCAAAACAACUUUAGCUUAAUAAAGCAGUUUUGGUUUACAUAUUAGACCCCUGCAGUCUCACUGCUCAAUUCUCUGCUCAUAUGUUAACUUGCUUUUAGAAGUUUUCCUCUUGCUAUGUAAAUCGAACCUACGUGACACACAGGAGGUUCCUGCAUGUUCUAGAAGAGCAGGCGAUAAGAAAUUCUAGAUAAAACAGACUUCAAUAAAGGAACCUAGAAUAUCUUGGUUCCUUUUCAGGAAGAGUUUAGGAAAGCUGUGAAAGUCACAUGUAGGGAGAUGAGUAUAUAAACAGUGAUUUCGCUCCUAAAUAGACUUUAUAGAAUAGAAUUAAACAGACUGUAAAAGCAUGUGCUAUACAGCAGAACUGCUUUUAUUAAAGUGAUUCUAUAGUGUAAGGAAUACACGUCUCUAUUUCUUAACUCCUUAAGGACACAACUUCUGGGAUAAAAGGGAAUCCUGACGGAAUAUUUCCGUCAUGUGUCCUUAAGGGGUAAAAAUAGUUACCUCUGCGUCCCCGCCCCUUUUAAGAUUCCAGCAUCAGUUAGAUGACCUAAACUUGGCUAGCCACCAGGAACAGUCUGACUGCCACCAGAGGCAGUAUUAGUCCUGCAAUGUAAUUGUUGCAGUUUCUCUAAAACUGCAUUAAUUUACAUUGCAGGACUGAGGAUGGGUAUACUGCACUCAGACCACGUCAAUGAGCUGAAGUGGUCUAGGUGACUACAGUGUCUCUUUAAGCUAAAGUUGUUGUGGUUUCUAUAGUAUACCUUUAUUUUUUUUGUCUUUGUGCAAUCUGCUUUUUUACCUUCUUGCAUUAAACAGAACAUUUACUUGCUUAUUGAAGCAUCUUCCAUUUUUAAUAUUUUAAACGUUCAUCCCACAUCAAGGAACGUCAAAUCCCUGGUCGCCAUGGUAACAGGAAAUUUUGCUCUGGGGCCUGGGAAUUGUCAUCCUUUUAGGUAAGGUGGUCGGCCGCAGGAGCAUGGGAGCCGCCCGGCCGCAGGAGCAAUGAUCUACUCUCUGCUCCCUCGUGGGUUGUUUUGUGAUGCCGGGAGUUUGAAUAAGAUGUCGCCCCGGCAUCACAGCAGUGAGCUCACAGGGGAGCAGAGAAUGACUGCAAGAAGAUUAAAGAGCAGCCCCACUGCUGGCUCCUAACUUUUUUAGCUGGCACCUAGAUUUCAAACAAACUUGUCAAGCCCUGUCCUACAUUUAUUCUGCUGUGGUCUCUGUUGUCAUUAGUUGACUUUCAGUUAAAGGAAGCUGGGCCAAUCAGUGCUGGUUACAUAGGCCAAGGAUGGAUGUGUAAAGAUUUAUUUAUUCUAUUGGUUCGUAUAGAAUCAGUAGACUUGUGAGAACACAGGAGCAUGAAUUCAUGUGCCAAGCAAGUACAUAAAUGAAACGUCCUUGAACUUUCACACUAGGUCAGCAGAGGGCCAGACUUAAAGGGACAUUAUAGUCACCAAAACAACUUUAGCUUAAUGAAGCAGGGUUAGUGUAUAGAUCAUACCUCUGUUGUUUUCCUGCUCAAUUCACUGCCAUUUAGGAGUUAAAUCACUUUUUUUUUUGUUUUGUUUCUUUUUAUGCAGCCCAAGCCACACCUCCCCUGGCUGUGAUUGACACAACCUUAAUGAAAACAAAAUAGUUUCAUUUUCAAUCCGAUGUAACUAACUUCAAAAGUUUUUUUUUUUUUUAAUCUUCAGAUUUGUAAAUUGAACUUUAAUUACAUACAAGAGGCUCCUGCUGGGUCUAGCAAGCUAUUAACAGAGCUGGAGUUGAGAAAUUCUAAGUUAAACAGAAUUUAAAAUAAAGGAAGUGUAAACAUUAGCUGACUUUACAGGAAGUGUUUAGGAAGGCUGUGCAAGUCACAUGCAGGGAGGGAUGUCUAGGGUCUGACAAUCAAAUUGAUUUAACUCUCCUAAAUGGCCAAGAAUUGAGCAGUGAGACUGCAGGGGCAUGAUCUAUACAACAAAACAUUUUUAUUAUUUUUUAUUCUUUAUUUUUGGUGCAUGUUGCAAGGUACAAAACAUUCUUACAUGCCACUUCCAUGUGGUCAGGGUUCGGCUAUUAUACAGUUAACAUUUAAACAUCAGGUAUGGCGGUCAACAAGGUUUGCACUUUUUUGUAGGGACACAUAGAGCCAUGUUAGGGCUUAGUUUGUAAGCCCGAGGUCAUGUCUGCCGAUGGGUGUUCACGUUGUACUCAGUUGGGAUUUGUCAUGGAAGUGUUGCUUCUUGUGGUGUCUUUGUGGCAGUCGCUGGUCUAAGGAGCGUUUAGUAGGUUGUGUAGCGAUGGCUAUAAUAGUCUGGGGGUUGUCGUGUGAGGCAUGUCGAGUGAUCAGAAAUUUUAUGUUUGGGUGUUAACUAUUCCGUGCACCUGUGGUUUCUACCCCUGUACCCUGGGGUGUUUUGGGGAGGGGGGGGGGGACUUUACUUCUUUAAGUUAUCUUUCUUGUGAUCAUAGUGCAACAUUAGAGACUUAUUACACGUUAGUUACAUUCCCUAUACCUCUUAGACCUCUACUUUUUUUUAAACAAGAUGCAGUAAUGGCUACACAUGGAUUCUGACCUAUAUUGGUUCCAGUGUUCAGUGGUGUCCAGCUGACUGCUAUUGUGUUUCUAUUUGAAUAGCUGAUUUUAUUUCACCCUUAAUUGUACUGAGGUGCAGGGUAUUCUCUUGCUGAAAACCUCCAUUAGUAAAUGCAGUAUGCCAAAAGUGCACCAUCAUCGGCUUGCAGUGCUAAGACUCGCCACGUAAGACACGUGUGCAUGUUGAGGCCUAUUGAAUGGAGAAAAUCCAUGUUUGCCUGGUUUUCAGUACUUGAUUGCCUAGUUAUUUUCUUAGGCCAUUGUAAUCAGUUUUGCUAAAAGUGUUGCUAAAGGUUACACAACUGUGCUAUAAGUGAGGUAAACAGUGAAAUUGAAAAACACAAACUACAUAUGUACCUCUUUUACCACCCCUUUCCUUCAGAAGCUCUUGAUCUUUUACUGUUCUGAUCUGUUGUAACUUCUUCGCAAGAAGAUGUAUGUUGAAUAUGAGAGAUUUUGUGUGCAUAACUCCGGGACAUGGACAUGUACAAAUACACAUUUAACCCCUUAAGGACCAAACUUCUGGAAUAAAAGGGAAUCAUGACAUGUCACACAUGUCAUGUGUCCUUAAGGGGUUAAAUACAUUUUUGUUUUGUUUCACAUUGGAUGCUCUCUGGUCCAACCCACUGUUUCUCUUGAAAUCCGUGCCACAUUUCAUCAAUUGGAUGAUUCAUCUUGAGAAGCAUUUAAAGUGUUUGGUUACUCCGAACAUGAAGCCUUUCAGUUGUUUGGCAAAUGCAGUUCUAUUCCAAGUAAGUUUGUCAUAUCGAAAAAGUGGAACUGCUCACUAAGCAGAUAGCAUCCAUUGUAUAGCUGUCAUCCAUGUAUUGAAUGGGACUGUGUGCUGUGUUCCCUUGUGCUAGUCUAGCAUGUGCAAACCUGUGCCUCUAUCCUCUUACAAAUCACAACUCCGGGUAGAUUGUAAUAGCAUUCCCACAAUGUCUUGUGUGGAAAGAGGAGGAAACGCAGUUUUCUCCUUCGCAUAUAUGACAAAAGAGCUAGACUUAAAGUUGCAGUUGAUAGUUUUUAACUUUCACUGAUGUUAACCUCUGUGCAAGGAGACAGGCGUGGGUGGACCAUCCUUACACAAUAUACAAUAAGCAUAUGGUUGUUCUGGUGCUUGGAGUAUCAAUCGUAUUUAGCCGUUGUUUUUUUAAAUUUGUGUAUUUUGCACAGUACAAUAUUUUUAUAUGUUUCUGAAACUAUGAAUUGUUUUUAUUGAAUUUGAAGACUUAUAAUGUAAAAAAUUCAACACCAGAGUACGGGCAUCUAUUUUCCUUUUCUUUGUGUUUCACUAACAUGCUUGUGAUGUCUGCAUGUAUAACUUAUGCCAUUAUAUUUAAAUUGAUGUUGAAUAUUUUGCACUUUACCUCUACUACUACUACUACUACUACUACUACUACUAUAUGUCCUCUCAAGAUUGACUUAUUGGAAAGUAGGUGUUUUGCUGCUUAUGUUAAACUCUCAUCAAAAAUGUAAAAUUGUAAUUUUAAAGAGCAAGUUUUUACCCCUUCCUACAAAAAAUAAAUAAAAAUAUAAUGCACCUGAAAAAAUAGUUGAACAUGGAAUUAUUGCACGCCUGGCUCCUGCAAGUACCAUGCUUAAUUUCAAGCAAAUUUUCAUUCAUUCUCAUGUGUGAUACAAUGUUAACACUUACAGAGGAGUUACUACUAUGCAGUACAUGCUGUGAUAGUCCUUAUGGUGCUGUUGGACUGCAAUUGUGGAUCAAAGCAUUUUCCAGUGUGUAACCAAAUACUGGCUCCUGGGGUACACACAGCCCAGCCCCUUGCUUGCUUAUAGCUAUUUCUUUAAAAUUAGCAAUAUGUAUUUUGUUCAUAUUUGGACAAUAUUGAUUGGCUCGGUAUGUCAGCAGAUACACUUAGCCAAUUAUUGCUGUACAAGUAAGACCCAAAUUAUUGUUGUAAAUGCUGAAGUAAUGCAUGUGCAGUAGUAGAUGAGAUGGGUCACAGAUCCCUUCCUCUGUUAUUUAUGGUGUAAAACAAUCUAGUUGAAUAAAAAAGAAAAAAAUACUUCGGAAUUAUUGUAACAUAUUUAGAUGAUUUUUGUCAUCUCUAGAAAUGUAGCUGGAUUGCCUCUCCAUACAAUACAUUUUUACGAAAAACUAAUCUAAUUUUAUUUACUAUGGUGCGGAUUAUAUAUAAUGUCCUGUGCAUUCUAACGUUUAUAAUUGGUAACAAUGUUGCCAUGGACAGGUGGGAAUCUGGAGUGAUUGUGGGUUUUGUGAUAUGAUGUUCCAUCCAUUUUUAAAAAAAUAAUUUUUUUUUUUUUUUUUUACAUUUAUUUAUUUUGUUUGUCUUCCACGUUCAUUUGUUUUCCCUUUUAUCCUCUGCUCUGUUUGCAUAGCGAAGCUGCAAUCAGAUUCACAACCUCAGAACGCACAAAUGGAGGUCUAUAGUGACCGUACUAACCCACCUUGCACCAAUGGACAUCUGAAGCCAGGUGGGUUUAUAAUGCAUUGUUUAAUUGGAGAUGUUUGAUAGUAUUUUUGAGCUGACAACUUUUAGUUACCUUUUAUAUGUGAUAUAUAGCAUAUAUUUUUAAUAGACCAAUAAUACCCUGUAGAUUCCAUUGUUUUCUCUUAAAGGGAAUGAAGAUUCUACCCAGAGCAUUCUUAGUUUUCAUAGUGUCGAUUAUGGCAUUUUUCAGACUAUCUUCUAAUAUCAAGAUUGUAUAUAAUUUGCGAUAAGGCGCAAAGUGAGGGGAGAAAAUGGAGUUGGGGAGGAAGAAGUGCACAAUACAGUGAAUAGUUUGUUGUUGAAAACCGCAAAUGCAACACUGCAAAUGUAGGUCCUAAGCUACUAGCUUCUGCUAAAAAAUUACUCUUGUCCACUAUCAUGCUUUUCAUAGUAGUGUAUUGCCUACAGCACAUGCUUGGUAUUUGCCACACCUCCAAUCUGAUGCUUCUAAAUAAUUCCAUUGCUUCUCUGGGAGAAACAUUAACAACUUUUGGUAUCAUGCUAUGCAUGAUGGCUCUGAAAGUGAAUCUUAGUAUGUUCUGUGCAGUCCUGAAAAUAGUGGGCUUUAAAUCGAUUCUAAACUUCUUGCUUUGAUGUAAGCAUGGUUAAAUCCAUGCUCUCACCAGAGAGCCCCAGGUAUUAAUACCUGGGGCUCACCUUUGUCAGCCGGGGCAUUAUUUGGGAGCCCCAGACUGAUUGAUAAAAUGUGUGCAGCACUCAAAGCAAGCUGUGCAGCCCUUUAGUCACUGUGGCUGAAUGAUCAUGUGCAGCCACAGUGAUUCUCGGAAUCCCUUUGGAUUCUGCUAGAGGGGGAGACUCCUGGCAUCUAAAAAUAUACCCCAUUGAAAUCUCCCAGCGUGCCCCUGGGCUGUGUCUGCUGGCCAGCACCAAUCACUAUGCGAUUGGCAGUGAAAGCAUGCAGGAGCUACAGCAUGAGGUAGAUCUGCCUCUCAUGCUGCAAUUACACAGUGCAGUGGCUCAAACUGUGGAAAAAAAUUUUUUACAUUUUUUUUUUUUAUACUUGAGGGACCACAAAAGUCAUCCAUAACACAUCAACUGGGUGCAGUGGUCUUCUCUUAACCCUGCAAUGUAAACCAUUGCAGUUUGUACUAAAAUUAAAUACAUUUAUAGUGGCUGUCUUCCUGACAGUCACUACCGGUGCUUCCACUUUGCAUUUAAUCAGAUCCAGCUUCUCACAUGUGCCGAGACCUAAAAUGUGUAAAACCGAAAGAAGCCCCUAACACUUAUGAGUUGGUCAGUCAUUUUUAUAUUAACCCCUUAAGGACACAACUUCUGGAAUAAAAGGGAAUUUUGACGGAAUAUUUCCGUCAUGUGUCCUUAAGGGGUUAAAGUGGCUAUGUCACCUUCUGGGAUCUUUGCAGUGACAUUAUCUGUUGGUAUGUGGAGGCCUUGCAGUGCUUGUUAGUUCUUUGUACCUGAUGCGGUCACCUGCAGGCAUCACCAUCUUCAAUCUUUAACUCCUGGCUUUUCCAGGAGCCCACAUCAGUGCUGUACUUUUGCUCAUGGAUCCUACGAGUGAGAAUUGGUUAUUCCCAUGAGCCAUUGCCAGCGACCCCUGGCGUAAGUGACAAAACUUUAUAUUUUGCCAAACUGAGGAUUUACCAUAUGACUUUCUUACAUUUUUUGAGGGGUGGGUGGUUUACAUAGUCUCUUUAAUGUCAGUGCACACACUCCCACCCCUGCCUGCAUAUUGUAUGAUGCCCUAGCUCUGUAAAUUAAGAUGCAGCAGCAAGGUGAUCUAAACAUGUCUGUACUAUUAAAGAGGAAACUUCUUAUUUAUAAUACGUGGGGUGCACUCGAGAGGAGAUGAUUUAGGGAGAUGUAAUCUCUGCUGUGCCCCUUUUUAUAGUCAUAGAACUAUGGAUUUGUUGACUCCUUUAAUGUAAAUGUUAAAGGGACUCUCCAGUGACAGGAAAACAUACCCUGCAGUGCCACUCUCCCUUCCACCCCCAUCACAUGUUGCUGAAGGGGUUAAAACCCCCCCAGUGACUUAUCUGAAUCUAGUGCCUAUGUCCCUCAGUGCUGGGUCAGGCUCAGCCAACCCUCUCCCCCCCCGGCAAUGGCCACGUGCUCUAGACCUCCCCAAAGGAAAGCAUUAUUCAAUUCUGGGGACACUGGAGGUCCUCAUGCACAGCGUGAGGACGUCCAGCAUAUUGUAAAACACUUUUGUGUCCUAAGAACAGGGAUGUCCCUCUAUCUGAUAUGCAGCCACUAGAGGAGGACUUAAUCCUGCAAGGUAAUUAUUGCAGUUUAUUAAAAAACUGCAAUAAUUACACUUUCAGGGUUAAGGGUGGUGGGAGUUGGCACCCAGACCACUACAAUGGGCACAAGCCUGGAGUGUCCCUUUAACUAGAUGCAUAAGAUUUCCCUUCCUGAAUCACAAACCUACCAAAUACUUUUUUUAAUUUUUACAUAUUUUAAACAUAUUUCUUAACUUAUUAAAUACUCCAGUAUAUAUUGCUACUUGUAGUUCUAUGUAAUCUUAUUUUUAUUUUAUUUUUUAUUUUCGAACUUUUGAACUGUUGUGCCAUUUGCAUUAUUGCUCUGUUCUCAGGAUUGUAACCACGGCUGGUUCCCUUAUUUACCACUAUACUAUACUGUCUUAAAGCCUAGAACUUAGUAGUUCUCUGUAACCAUACAAAUCUCUUAUAAUUUUAUAUAGUUAGUGUAAGAGAUCCUCUAUUUAACAUAUAUAAAUAAUUGAGAAUACAAUUUAAAAUAAGGAUUUGUCUUGGAAGCAAUAGUUUUGUCUUUUAGAUAUUUAUUGUAUUUUAUAGGUCUAUAUUUAUAUAUAUUAGAGCAGAGUUUAUAAGGUUAAACUAAAUGCUUGCAAAUAUCAUUAAUAGGUUAACAUACCCUUCUGAACAUGUCAUCCUCUGUCAUUUUAAGAUGGAGCAGCGUCUGUCUCCAAGUCUCUCCUCUGUUUUUUAACAUUUUAAAAGUACACCUAUUUAUACCUUGGGUGUCUUCAUUUUAGGGUCACCGUAGUUCAUAUAUGAAAAAUUAACACUUCUUUUACUUGAUUCAUUUUAGGACCUCCCUUUGGCAAACAUACAAGGCCAUAACUAAAGGGUGCAUACGUCAUGGAAAUUUUCCUGACUUAGUUCAAGAUGGCAUCUUAAAGUCUGAACAUUACUACAGUAUAUUACGUACUGAAAGAGUCGUAGGAUAGCCUCGAAGCUUGUUUAUGCAUUAUUGUUAUUUGUCUGGGACAAAAUGGUGCAAACAUAUUAUGCACUGAGGUUAUUGCUUAAAGAAACAGUUAUGAAAAACAAUAUGUUCCAUUUCUAACACCUUGUCAGUUUGCAAUAUCUCUUAAAGACAAAGUACACAGUUUAAGAAAUACAACAUUUCAUUCUAAAACUUGUAAUAUUUGCAUUUGCCUAUAACAGAAUGAACAAUACUUUCCAGUAGAAAUAAAUUGUUUCACUGACCACUGAAUUGUGUUUUGUAGUGUUUUCACUUUAAAACCUAGUCUGUCCUACUUUUUCACUGCACUAGGUUUUAAAGAAAAUGCUUUUACUGUCUUUAGAAAAAUGUUUCUAUUUAAACCCAAUUCAAUCAGAAUUAGAAGGGAAAAAAGUCUGCGACUGCCUGCCUGUUAAAGCAGUAAAACCUGACCAUAAUAUUUAGUCAAAGUGCAGUUUUUUUUGCAAAAACAAAUAUAUAAAUACUAACUUUGGCUACCGUUUUGUGACUAAGUGGCUACUACAAAAGACUGGACUUACCCAAUUCUGAAUACCCUGGGAUGUCUACUUUUGUGACUGAUAUUCCAUGAUGGGGGUAAUUCUCCAUAGGCCACCUAACAAAUCUGGCAAACUGAAAUGGGAAAGCACUAUAUUUGUCCCCAUUAAAAUCUGUACAUGGGGGUGGGGUGCUGUUUUACUCAUUCGCUGAACACAAAUGAGUGUUUUAGAGCAAAGUGACAAUGAUCUCAUCAGUGAAAAGGCAUUUUGUUUUGUGAAAAAUGCAAAAAAACAAAACAAAUAUAAAUGCUAAUUUUGGCCAGGUUUUGUGGCCACUAAAAAAGACUGAACAUACCCCAUUUUGAAUACCAUGGGUAUUUUGGCAAAUGGUAUGCCAUGAUGGGGGUACAUCUCAUUCCUGGGCUGCCAUAGAGUCUCAAAGGCAGCAUAACCAACCUGACAAAUUUGAAUGUGUAAAAAAUUAAAAACAAGCCCUAUAUUUGACACUGUAAAAGUCCAAAACACCAUAUAACCUGUACAUUGUGGGUACUUUUUUACUUGUGAGACAUCGCUGAAUACAAAUGUGUAAUUUGUUGCAGUAAAAACUAACCGUAUUAUAUUAACAGUUAAAAGGCCCUGCAGAACUUCUUGAAAAAUAACAAUUUCUUAAUUUUUAUUUUGUUCAUAUGAAAUGAAAGCCCCUUUUUCUCCUGAACAAAAUGACCUAUAAUAUGGGUGGGUGUACUUAAUAUGAAAGAGUUAAAUUAUGGUUGGACAGACACAUGGGGCAAAUUCCAGGUUUUGCUUAAGUUUUGUUUUGAUCACAAUUUGUACAGCUGACUCUGCCAUUAAGGGGCUAAACACAAAGCUAUAAUGGAGAAGCAAUGUGUGGAAACCCUAAGUACACUUUAUGAUUCAAUAACUUGUAGAGCCACCAUUUUGCUAAAUAAAUAAUUACAUGGUGUAAUAUGCAUUGUGUUGUUAAUCUGAUGUUUAAGAGUGACCUGCUAAAGAACAGAGUAUGUCCUGGUAUGUAGAACCAAAGAAUUCAGAGGGUGUACUUUCCUUGUGACUGUAGGUGACUGUUUUUGCUCUUUCUUGUGACUCUGAUCUCUAGGGUAAUUGUUGUACUGGAAUUGUAUUCAUAUGAUUGCCUCAAUAGAGUAGUUGUCUUUGGAACAAUGUAUUGUUUGUUUUUCUGUAUUGUAAGCCUAGGAUUCUGAUCUAAAUUUUUUUUUUUUCCCCUGUGACUGGCAGAUCCAAAAUCUGUAAACCAGCCAACGGGUGACUGCUAUGGUUUCCAUUUCCAGUUUUCUCAGACAUAGAAAAAAAAACAACUUUUUUUUAAAUUAAUUUUUUAAUUGGUUGAUUAUACAUUCUGUAUUAUACAAGGCAUGAUUUUUUUUUAUUUAUAUGUCCUGCCCAAGAGCAUAAUGGUAUAUGUCUUGGAAACAUGUUAUAUCUUGAAAUUCAGCAAUGGUGCUUGUUGCAGGUGAUAAACUAACUGUUCAAUCUCUCAACAUGUUGUUUGCUUGUUAGGCAGAUGCAAAACCCUGUCACGUUUACAAGUUAUUCUGCUGGGUGCCAGUUGCUGUUUAGUUCUCGGGGAGGUUGUGUGUUUGUGUUUUUUUUUGUUUUUUUUAAGUACUUAUUGGCUUUCUCUGUCUUGCCUUGCUUCAGUUUGAUAGCGAGCCAGGUAUUUUCCUUCUUGACUGACUGUCUGAAGAAUCCUAGUAUCUUAGAACCUUUUUAUGUUUUGACUUCCAGUGCUGAGGGGCACUCCUGCCUCAGAUAUAGGAUUGUAGGCUAUUGGUCCAUUUCGGUGCUUAUUCUAAAUGGAAUUAAAAAUGUUCUGUAAGGCAACAUUAUAUAAUCUUCGUCCGAGGCCCAUUUAAACCCAAUGCAAUCAGAAUGUACUUGAUGAUCUAUAUUUAAUGUUACAAAAUAUUUUGACUAGGAUUUUUAAUCUACAUCUAUAUAUCUAGCUGUCUUUCUCUAUUUAGAUCUUUACUGUAUAUCAAAAAGAGUACACCCAGGAAAACCAGCUUCAAAGCUCACAACAUUUAUAGUUUAAGAACACCUCACUUGGGCCAAAAUGAUGGGGUUUAGUUACAGUAUAUCGUCUGGGGUUUCUGUAUCUUUUGUGCAGAGAGAAUUUGCCAGCAUUUUGGUUCUAGACUGCCAUUUUGGGCUAGAUCAGUCUGAUGUAUAGUGGUAUAGGUUCACUCAAAACUAUUUUAUUUUAAAAAAUUCUUUAUUUUUGUUGUGUUUAGCAUAAACAGACAUUCCUGCUUUGCCACGACAGCAGAUGCAAGCGUUUUAAUAUACAUAGUAGAACAAUCGCAUGGCAUAGAAUUUUCCUGCACAUUUUUGUAGUAUUAAUAGUAGAUGAGAACAAUGAAGCUGCACUUUGUGUUUGAGAACAUUAAAACAGAAUAACACAGGCUGAUAUAAAGGUAGCUCAUAGAAACUGUAGGGUAUGUACCAUCAGGGAUGUAAAACUGGUUUGGACUUAUGUGGUAGGAAGGUCAUGGGGUGCUUUCCACUCCACUGUCGCCGUUUGGUAGGGGUUAGCCGCCGUGGUGGUAUUGCCAUUGACCUCUCCAGCUCCUGCCACUCAGGUGCUGCACAUAGCUGAUCUAGAAGUGUUGGCAGCCUGCCACCAUGAAGUAUAGGGUCAGUGUUGCUUGUAGGAGUCAUCGUGGUGCCGACAGCCGCCAUCUUAGGUAAGCGGAGUUUCACUGCUUCCUCCCGCCUGUGGUUUGUGUAUGUAGGUCUAGGCUUGUAGUGAUGCCAUGGUGGACCCAGGAUGACGCCCGCUGGUCCAAUGGUGGGAGGUGGGGGAAAGAUCUGCGAUGCCCUACAGGACUUAGGGGUUGGAAGACCGGCCGCGUCUCCCACCCCGCAUCGACUGCUAGGCAGACCUGCCUCGGCAAGUGCAUCCGGAGAGUCCAUGAUGCCCCAGCCCCGUUCCCGCUGAGGGCUCUGUGGGGUGCGUAAGUAAGGUACCCGUUUAGCUCAGCUGUGUGGCAUCAAAUAAGGCUUAGCCGGCCACUUGAUCAGAGCUCCGGGUGGAUGCGACUUUGUUAAAAUAGGAUCUCCUCAAAAAAAAAUGGGGAAUCAGUUGCAGUCACUCAUAAGUCAGUUUUUUUUAUUUUUUUUUAUUUUUAUUUCUUCCUUUUUUCACUCAGACAGCUACCACUGUCCUCUGGAUCCAGUUACUACAUGGAGAUUAUAUUCCUUCAUAUUCCCUGCAAGUAUUUUCUACCUUUUUGGCUCUCUAGAUCAUUUUGAAGACUGGUCUUUACCUGCAUCUCAUUUUGCAGUAGAACCUGGUAACUCAAAGCACAUCAUAAGAACAUUUAUGCCCCCAGUGUAGUGUCCUAUUUAUAUUUUGUAGCAAAUAUCAUAGAAUGGGGUAUUUCGGCACUGGGCUUUUUACUAUCAAUUUUUAGAGUAGGUAAUAAGCAAAUGUUGCAUUUCGUUUACAGAAAAAAGUAUGUCACUGUAAACCUUUUAUUUAAAAAAAAAAAAAAAGAAAAAAAAAAAAUUCUUCUCCUUUAACCAAGAAAUGUAAGCAAAAGUUGAAUAAAUCCCCCCACUCACUCUCCUACCGCUCAGAGCUCUAGUAGAAUGCAAGGAGAGCGCAUACUCAGCUGAGCAGAGCCCCAAAAAUAUUAGCACAAGCACGAAUGUUGUCCACAAAUAUUAAGAGAUGGUGUACGAACAGAGAGCAGUUUGCCAUGCAUCCCCACCAUCAAUAAAAGGCAACCGUCAACACCCAUCAUCCAUCCAAUAUAUAGCGUCAAAAAAAGUCUACCAAAAUUAUAGUAGACUCAAUCUAGCUGUGCCUCCAGCUUUGAAUGUAAUAUUCAGUAGCAUUUAGUUUGCCUGUCUAGGUAUUGGCAUGGACAACUUCUCUAACAUUUUUGCUCCUUUAGUUUCAACAACAAUCAAUACUCCUCUAGAUCCAAUGCUAGUUCUGAACUUGCUUUGGAAUAUACCUUUAACUCUCUUCCUACUAUUCAUUCAUUUUACAUCUUCAGCAUUAUUGCAGUCUCAUUAAUGCCCUGUGUGUACCAAACUCACAUUUAUAUUGUGCACAACCUGUAUUAUCUUUUAAUUCAAUACCUUUCUGUAUAACUGUAUAACAAAAUGUAAUAAACUAUACAUUGAAUAUAAAUCUGGAUAGAGUUGCAAAAGGGGGGGGGGGGAGGGUAUGCACUAAAUCCUGGCAUUAUAAAUAAGACCAAUAUAUGUUUGCAGGUCAUUUAACACUUGGAUUUGUAUUGAAGUUGGUAGAUCAUAUCCAUGAUGCAUAUACUUUGUCAUUAUAUACUGUAGUUCAUUUGGGGUUUAAAAUAGAUGCAUCUUGAAAAGUAUGAGGAUAAUUCUUAGAGUACAUUUCUAUUGUUUCUCGGCAGAUAAUGUCUUAUGUUUGUAGAGGUUCUUCAAUUUCUAGACUAGUAGUGUAGCUGUAAAUUUAACUUGCUUAACAGCAGGUCCUUGCAACUUCUAAUUUAUUGAUGGUUUUUCCUGUUGGGUAGCAACCUGCAACCCUCCAGCAUAUUUGAACUGGCUGCUGAUCUGGUGACAGCACAUAUGUGUAUAUUGUUUAUAAUUAAGAUUUCAAAAUCUCUCUCUCCUAUCUCAAGUAUGAAGUCUUCUUAUGCUGCUAUUGCUCUAACAUUGAUGCAUUUAUUUGUUUUCCUGUCCUCAGAAAAGGGGGCCAUCUCAAAAAAGACAGUACCACCAGCCCUUACAAGUACUGCCUCUCGUGGAAGGAUAUUACCCAAAAGUGCAUCAACAGGAAUUUCAAAUACACAUAGGAGUACUAUGGACACGCCAUCUUCAGCCAGAUUAGCAGGAACUCGUACAUCUCCUAACAGGGUAUGCAAGAGGUGAAUUUUUAUUCCUGAAACCUCCGUAUUAAGUUUGAUAGUUGGCAACCGUUGAAAUUGCUCUAAAACACACCUGCAUCUCUGAAGGUUUUGUUUUCUUUUUCUUAAAGGUUUCACAACGAAAGUGCUCAGGAACAGAGACUGAUAUAUUAUAAUUGCGUACUACAGACAUUCUAGUCAGUUAAUAUUACCUUAAAAAUUAUGAUGUCCAGUGUUUUAUUUUUUUUUUUAUUUUUUUUUGUUUAUUUUUAUCUUAAAUGGCAUUCAAAGUAGGAAUUCUGAAAAUGGGUGAUAAAACAACCCAAGACAACUGACUGCAUCCUGAGAAUAUGCAAAACAAUAUAUAAUUAAGGGUAGGGAACCACUCUGGAGGCUUGUGUAUUUGCAUACUACUAGAUCUCAUAUUUUACAUGAAAUGUGUUAAUGAAUGUAAGUAGUACCAACCAGUUUCUCACUUUUCUUCUUUAAAGGGGACAGGAGGAAAACCAAGCACAAGACCACAUGGCAGAGCAACAACACCAACUACAGCAGUUAAGAAAAAGGACAUUAAGAAUUUAAGAAAUGUAGAUAGCAGCCUUGCAAAUAUGAUUCUCAAUGAAAUUGUUGACGGGUAUGAUUUUAAUCACUCAACUCUUUGUGCAUGUUGUAUGCCCUAAUGCGUGCCGUUACCUAUGGGAUAUUGUAUCUCCUAACUGGAGAGGUUGGGCCAAAUAAAGGAAGUCUCAUAGAAACCAACUUCUUGCACCUUCCCCUGGAAUUUGCUUAGUUAUGGCUUUGUUGAGCUUGAAAGCUUAUUUUUUAUUUUUUUUUACUUUGAUCUAGGUCUUCACUCAAUGGAUUUUUCCCUUCAGAUUAGAGGCAGUGCUUUGCAACUGGGAUUUCAUCACCUGGAGGGAAAAAACAGGCAGGCAAUCUCCCAAACUUUUCAAGAACCUCCCCCAAUUAACCUUUGGCCUUAUAAAUUGCUUCCUACCCAAGACAUCCCCAGUUCUUUGCCUGCCUCCGGCAGAGGAGGGUGUCAGGUCCAGGUUUUCUCCCUAGAAGUAUGGUGAGAGGGAUGAGGCUCUGGAGGCUCUACUUCUUUUAAAUACAUUUUUCAGAGAUCGGCCAGGCAUAACACACCAGACUGCUGUAUCUCCCCCGGUUGGAUUACUAUACCGAGCCAGGUGCCGGGCAGACGAUGGUGCGCAUUUGGGCACUAGCUGGGAAGUCCUGGCGGUGGAACACUCGUACAGGUUACAUUUAUUUCCACAGUUGAAUCGCGAAAUGCGAUUUAAAAUUCAGGCGCCAAUAUUUUUAUUAUUUUCUCUCUCCUGGGUCAAGAUGUUGGUUUACAGGACUUAGACAGGCUGUUUACCCAGCAGCAACUGUUGCCAGGUGCACUCAGAAUCUGUUGCAAGUGUGUUCUCACCAACCUCUAACACACUCUGAGGACAUUUAAGGUAAGCCUUUUUGCUUUUAUCUUAAAUGACUCUAGCCUGAAUAAGUUUAAUUAUCUGUGCUGCAAGAUGGAUAAGCUAAAAAAGCGCAAAUGUUUCUAAGUUGGAGAGUUUUUAGCUUCUCAUCACUUAAAGAUCAUUCCUAAAAUCUUAAAACAAAUAGUGCUUUGAAAGUGUAAGCACUUAGUAGAUCAGGCCCAUAAUAGAUUAUUCUUUGAGUAAAGCCUAUAAAGGGUACUCGAUAAGAAUAUACUUCUACAUAAUUAUAUUUGGUAAAUUUAAGUUUCCUUUCUGGCUCAAAAUAGCUGCUACACAGUGAUUAGUUAAUAUGGGUUUCAAUAUCACUAAUUGCUGCAACAGGGUCUGUAAUUAAAGUGAAGUGUUCUGGUAGAAUAUAUUCACAGAGCAAGACCCGUAUGACUGUUGGAGGAUUAUCCUCUGUAUGUUAUCCUUAGGAGGCUGAUAUUUAAAAUCUGGUUUUGGUUAAGUUAAUAUACUGUUGUAGCAGAUGGAUUCUUUAAAUGUCAGGAUCCUAGCUGCAGUGUUUAUUUUCUUAAAACAUGCAGUAGGCUUUUAGCAAUUGCUGUAGACAAAGCUCUGUUGCAAUUAGCAUUCUCACCACCUCAACUAGUUUCACCUAAUAUCAGUUUCUAAAAUGGCAGUCUGUUUUUCAGAUGGGGCAGAACUUUUCCUGUGCUUCACUCCAUGGUUGCACAUUUUAUGUUUUGUCUUAAAUUCCAAGUCCUAUGUUGUCAGUUACAAAGACAGGUUUGAGCUAACUGACUAUUGGAAUGGCAGUUUUAAAGAAAAUGCUUCCUAAUAUUGGUUCCUGCAGAGUUUGCAUCAAACAGGUUUUGAAAUGCAGUUGCAGCUAUUCUGUCUGCUCUAGCCUCUGCUUCCCAAAUACUGCUAAGGAAAGCCUAUAGCAGGUAAGGCUGUUGGUUGGUAUUGCAAAUGUAAAUAAUUACUUCUACUAUUGAUUCCUGCAGAGUCUGCAUCAAACAGGUUUUGAAAUGCAGUUUGCAGAUAUUCUUUCUGCUCUAGCCUCUGCUUCCCAAUUACGGUUAAAGGACCACUAUAGUGCCAGGAAAACAUACUCGUUUUCCUGGCACUAUAGUGCCCUGAGGGUGCCCCCACCCUCAGGGACCCCCUCCCGCCCGGCUCUGGAAGGGGAAAGGGGUAAAAACUUACCUUUUUCCAGCGCUGGGAGGGGAGCUCUCCUCCUCCUCCCGCCUCCUUCUCGCCCAUUUGAAUGCGCACUUGUAGCGGCAAGAGCUCUUGUAGCGCAUUCGGCUUGAUCUCAUAGGAAAGCAUUUACAAUGCUUUCCUAUGAACGCUAACGCAUCUCCUGUGAUUUUCACAGUGAGAAGCACGCAUAGCGCCUCUAGUGGCUGUCAAUGAGACAGCCACUAGAGGAAGGGGAAGGCUUAACCCAUUCAUAAUUAUAGCAGUUUCUCUGAAACUGCUAUAAUUAUGAAAAAAUGGGUUAACCCUAGAAGGACCUGGCACCCAGACCACUUCAUUAAGCUGAAGUGGUCUGGGUGCCUAGAGUGGUCCUUUAAGGAAGGCCUGGAUCAUGGGUAUUGUCUUAUGCAGACUGUAUAUCUAUGUAAUCAGUCUCGCUUCGGCCAAUAAAGAUGGUAACCUGUAUGAACUAGUCUCCAUAGAAAAUUAUUUCUUCCUCAUGUUUUCUGGGCUUGAAGCAAGUUCUAGUACAGCUGCAGGUCUAUUGAUUAAGGAUAGUUCCACCAAGUUCAAUUUAUACCCUGCACUGCCAUAGAUAUGGUAUGACAGGGAUGGUUUACUGCCUAGGUUUGUUUGCCGUUUUCGUUUAAGAAAGAGCUUAUGGCAAUUGCCACUUAAGAUUCUCUCACAAUGCAAAAUGUUGCCAUCCAUAAAUUUGUUGAAUCUCUACAAUACUGCUUCCUCAGGGGUACCUAAUUCAUUUUUGUACACCAGCCCCUAAAGGUUUAGGGUGUUUUUUUUUUGAAGGCAUACAGGUUGAUGCUAAUCAAUCUUCUGAUAAAGAAUUCAGUUUACAAGAAGUGUGCAGUUCUGGUGUUUGUCAAGGAACCGUUCAGGUGUAAACAUUUUUUGACAAGGGUUUUUGACUCUCAGAAUGGUAAUUCCCUGAAGAAAAAAAUUGUGGUCUCUCUGUCCUUAUCACCUGAAAUCUCUCUUCUACUUUAGUAGACCAGAUACUAGGGAAAUUAUUUUGGUCCCCCUCUUGUAAGAACCUUCUUGGUCUCUUCAGCUUCUUUAGGCAUAGCACUGUUUACAGGUCCUUCAGAGGCCAGAUACAGUUGCUGAUAAAAUUUUACAGUAAAAUACUUCGGUCAUUCCUUUCUGAACCAGGCAGAAAUGAAGGAUGCCAGACGGCUCUUACUUUUUGUUCUAGUUCUCAAAUCGAUCGUUCAGAAUUUUACGACUGAUGCUUCAGGUCUCAGCUAGGUUCUCAUAGGGUUGAAGGAAAAUUAGCUGAGAUGUUUUGAAAAAACGUAUCCAACUACAUAGGACCGAAGGCUAUCUGGCUAGCUCUCUUUGCCUUUCAGAUAAAGACCAGGUAUUAUCUUGUCCAGAUCUGGUCGGAUAGUUCUACAUCGGUAGCAAUUAUGUACAAACAAGGUCUUCUUGUUUGAAAAAUCUUGUUCCAGGAUAUGCUUGGGUUAGUUUUUCUUAGGUCUAUUCACUUAUGCAUAGAACUUAAUAUUCCUCUGUUUAGCUGUAGCAUUGAGUAGUCAACAUUUAAUACAAACCCAAACGAUAGGAAGAAUUUGAUUAUCCGGUUAUGGAACUGGGACUUCUAGUUCAGAUAGCAUGGUGUUUCAUUGGACAAGCUUGGACAGACCACUAAGCUUUGGUUUCCUUUUCUUUCUUGGGAAUUCCAGUCUAACCUAUAGUUUCCUCCUGGUUCCCUAUUCCCCAAGAUCCUAUAGGAUGGAAAAGGUGAGAAUUUUAGUCUUCCACCCUUGGUGGCAAGUAGCUGUUUCACCGUUCAUCUAAAAUUAUCCGGAGGAAUCUUUGGGGACCUUACCUGUAAAUGGGCAUCCUGGAAUUCUCAAGGGUACCUCUUCUCAACGUUGUAAUUCAUGCUGACGACCUGGUUCAGGUAUACCAGAUACUGAAGGAUAAUGUUUUGUCUCAGGAAAUUAUUGACCAUUUUUUACUAUAAAUGGAUCUUGUUCCAAGAUUUAUUCCAAAUAUGGAAGGUGGUGUUUUUUUUAAGAUAUUGGUUCAAAGAAAAGCAUGCAUCUGCUUCCAAGUUUUUAUCCUAUUGUUUUUUUUUUUUUUUUCUUCGUAUGGGCUUUCCGGAUGGUUUAAAGCCAGAGAUCCUCAAGGUCAGAUUUCGGUUAUCAGUUGAUUUUUCAGAGGUUUGUCUCCAAAUCACCAGUAUCUCCUAGGCUCUUUCCUGGUUAGUUCCUAUCUUCAGGGAAUCUUUUCCCCAGGGGAUCUUCUUUUGGGGUUUUUAACUCUGCUGAUUUGAGACUUCACUCUAGGUCUUUGGGGGGUAGUCGCCCAAAAUAUUUUUGGGAAGAAGUUCAAGUUUCCAUUUUCAGCAGGAGGUAGUGGAGUUAAGUUGGAUUCUUCAAUUCUUCCCAAUCUUCCAUCUGUCAUUAUUUUUCUAUCUUAUCCCAACAGCGUUCUAGGGUCUUGGAAUUCUAAUUGCCUGGGCGUUUAGUUCUCGUCUACAGUACCUUAAAGGUCUGCAUUCAUUUGGGUUUUUUCUUAUCUCACCUAUCUCCAUUGAAGCUCCUUCGAUCACAGUUAUGUUCAGAUCGGAUGCCUGAGGGCUUCUGCUAUACAUUCUCUCGAAUUCCUAACAGCCACGAGGUGAUCUCUCAUUUCGGUCUGUUGACCUUGGAAGAUACAACUUUGGUCGCAGGUUUUUUGUAGGGAUCGACCGAUAUUGAUUUAUUAGAGCCGAUACCGAUACAGAUAAUCUGCGAACUUUCAGGCCGAUAGCCGAUAUCUUGCCGAUAUUCUGUACAUUUACUAUUUUGAAUAAAUAAACUAAUUCGAAAGGUAAAUGCACAAAAUAUACAUGCCACAUGUAGUGGAUGAAGUGUGUUUAGACAUGGGAACUGUGUGUGUUUGUGUAGUGUGUGUGUGUGUAGUGGAUGCAGAGUGUGUGUUUGUGUAGUGUGUGUAUAAUGAAUGUAGUGUGUAUAUAAUGCAGUGUGUUUUAUGUAGUGUGUGUGUGUAUAAUGCAGUGUGUUUUUGUGUAUGUAUGUAAUGCAGUGUGUGUGUUUGUGUAGUGUGUGUGUAUGUAAUGCAGUGUGUGUUUGUGUAGUGUGUAUGUAAUGCAGUGUGUGCUUGUGUAGUGUGUAUGUAAUGCAGUGUGUGUGUAGUGUGUGUGUAUGUAAUGCAGUGUGUGUAGUGUCUGUCUGUGUAGUGUGUAUGUAAUGCAGUGUGUGUGUGUAUGUAAUGCAGUUUGUGUAGUGAUGUAAUUUUUGUAAUUUUAAUAUUUUUUUUAAUAUUUAAAUGGUUUUUUUUGUUUAGUCCCCCCCCUAGUGUGUGUUUGUGUAGUGUGUAUGUAAUGCAGAGUGUGUGCAGUGUGUUUGUGUAGUGAUGUAAUUUGUGUAAUUUUUUAUUUUAAUUUUUUUUUAUAUUUAAAUGUUUUUUUUUUGUUUAGUCCCCCCCUAAUGUGUGUUUGUGUAGUGUGUAUGUAAUGCAGAGUGUGUGCAGUGUGUGUUUGUGUAGUGUGUGUGUUUGUGUAGUGAUGUAAUUUGUGUAAUUUUUUAUUUUAAUAUUUAAAAAAAAAAAAUAUUUUUUGUUUAGUCCCCCCUCCCUGCUUCUUACCAGGGAGGGGGAUAUAGUAUCCCCUGGUGGUCAAGUGGCUUGUUAAGUACAGUGGUGGCUCAGCAGCAGCAAGCGCUGACUUACCACCUUGCAAGCAGCUCCUACAGCUCCCUGUGUAAAUCUCACGGCUCUUAGUGCCGCGCGGAGCGUUGCCAUGGUAACCCGUGGCAACGCUCUGCGGCCGCGGGUCUCGCGAGAUUUACACAGAGAGCUGCUGGAGCUGCUUGCAAGGUAAGUCAGCGCUUGCUGCUGGCCCCCACAGGACCGCCGGGCUUGUAAUGGGCCCGGCGGUCCUGUUAUAUAUUAUCGGCAAUAUCGGUAUCUAAAUUGGCCGAUACCGAUAUUGCCGAAAAUACCAAAUAUCGGCCGAUAAUAUCGGCCAGACCGAUAAUCGGUCGAUCCCUAGUUUUUUGCAGUGAGUUUUGAGUACCACCCUAAGGGAUUGCUUUUGGAUAUCCCAGUUGUAAAGCACUGCUUCUAAUCUGAAGGGAAAAAACAUCAAUUUUUACUUACCGUAAAUUUAUUUUUCCAGAAGAUUAGAGGCAGUGCUCACUUCACCCCCAAAUUUUUUAAUAGUCCGAGUGGUGCAGUUAUUCAGAUUUUGUAAUUUCUGGGGAUGUCUUGGGUAGGAAGCAAUUUAUAAGGCCAAAGGUUAAUUGGGGGUAGGUUCUUGAAAAGUUUGGGAGAUUGCCUGCCUGUUUUUUCACUCCAGGUGAUAAAUUCCCAGUUGUAAAGCACUGCCUCUAAUCUUCUGGGAAAUUUUUUUUUUUUUUUUACGGUAAGUAAAAAAAAAUUUUUUUUUUUUUUUUUUCCCCUAGGUGUUGGUAGCAUCUGGCAUUUCAGAUGUGUGCUCCAUCUCCCUUAAUGCUGUCACUACAGCAUUACAGAUGUAGUAUACAUCUGGAGUUGCGAAGGUUGCCUAUCCCUGUUCUACUCUGAGUACUUUGUCGAAGUAAGAGCAGGAACGAUAGAGACCUGGACUAGCACUAGAGAACCUUUAGAGCCCUUUGUGGGCUACUAAUAUCAUGGUACUGCUUCCUUUCUCUUCCCUCCCUUUCUCUUCCCUCCCUCUUCUCUCUUCCCCCUUCUCUCUCUCCCCCUUUCUCCCCCCUUUCUCUCUCCCCCCCUUCUCUCCCCCUUUCUCUCUCCUUUCUCUCCACUUUCUCUCUCCCCUUUCUCUCUCUCCCCCUCCCUUUCUCUCUCUCCUCCCUUUCUCUCUCUCCCCCUCCUUUCUCUCUCUCCCCCUCCUUUCUCUCUUCCCCCCCUUUUCUCUCUUCCCCCCUUUCUCUCUUCCCCCCACUUUCUCUCUUCCCCCCUUUCUCCUUUUCCCCCUUUCCUCUUCCCCCGCUGUCCCCCCUUUCUCUCUUCCCCCCUUUUCUCUCUUCCCCCCUUUCUCUCUCUCUUGCCCCCCCUUUCUCUCUCUUCCCCCUUUCUCUCUCUUCCCCCCCUUUCUAUAUAUUUCCCCCUUUCUCUCUUCCCCCCCUUUCUCUCUCUUCCCCUUUCUCUCUCUUCCCCCUUUCUCUCUCUUCCCCCCCCUUUCUCUCUCUUCCCCCUUUCUCUCUCUUCCCCCCUUUCUCUCUCUUCCCCCCUUUCUCUCUCUUCCCCCUUUCUCUCUCUUCCCCCCUUUCUCUCUCUUCCCCCCUUUCUCUCUCUUCCCCCUUUCUCUCUCUUCCCCCCCCUUUCUCUCUCUUCCUCCCCUUUCUCUCUUCCCCCUUUCUCUCUUCCCCCUUUUCUCUCUUCCCCUUUUCUCUCUUUCCCCCCCUUCUCUCUUCCCCCUUCUCUCUUCCCCCUUCUCUCUUCCCCCCUUUCUCUCUUCCCCCUUUCUCUCUUCCCCCUUUCUCUCUUCCCCCCCUUUCUCUCUUCCCCCUUUCUCUCUUCCCCCCUUCCUCCUGCUCCCCCCCUCUCUCUCUUCCCCUUUCUCUCUCUUCCCCCCUUUCUCUCUCUUCCCCCCCCCUCUCUUUCUCUCUCCCCCCCUCUCUUUCUCUCUCCCCCUCUCUUUCUCUCUCCCCCCCCUCUCUUUCUCUCUCCCCCCUCUCUUUCUCUCUCCCCCCCCCUCUCUUUCUCUCUCCCCCCUCUCUUUCUCUCUCCCCCCCUCUCUUUCUCUCUCUCCCCCUCUCUUUCUCUCUCCCCCCCUCUCUUUCUCUCUCUCCCCCCUCUCUUUCUCUCCCCCCUCUCUUUCUCUCCCCCCCACUUCUCCCACCCCCCCCAGAGGAAUGUUAAGCCCAAACCGUAAUUGCACAGUUAUUCCUUUAAGAAUCCUAUAGUGAGAAACUCUGUAUGCAUGCCACAAAUAUAUCCUUCAAGCUGUGUCCUGCCUUUUUUCUUCCCAAAAUUGACUUACUGAUAUGCCCGUUGUUUGCUCACUGUGGUGUGACUAGCUGUAUGAAGCAGUCUCCUCUGAACUCAAUUUGCCCAUGUGCUAGGUGAUUCAAUGGAUCUAUUUUGACUUUCCAAUUUGAAAGCUCUGUAACCGAAGAUGGCCAGGGUUCUAAGUCGACGCUUCUGAUCGCUUUUUCACACACUACUUUCUUUGGCUUGGAUUUAGAAGUAAUAAUUUAUAAAGUGUCUUGAGGUUUUUUGCUCAAGACAAAUCUGCCUGCUGGUCAGCUAUGUUUUUAACCUGUGAGCACUCAGGAUUGUCAUCUAGUGCACACAUGUAAUUGCUUGAUCUUCAUAUGACUUGAAUGCUCACAUGCUCAGCACUUCCAUAAGUUUGCAUAUGAAAUUACUGACUGGCAAAAAAAUGUUUUUAGUGAUAUUAUUUUCCAUUUAUUUGUGUGCUUUGAUGGAUGUAUUUUGCUUUACCUUUAUACAUUUUACCCCUGCAUUGUUGCCAAGUGUAAAGGUUUCUGUUCUGCAAAUGUCUAAUUUAAACAGUUGUGUGUUUAACCAUGCAGUGGUAAAAACUAUUUUUGUGCAGAUGGAAUUUCUUUCACAUGCAUGGCUAGCUCUGUUAUUGUUGGUUCUAAACCAUUUAAAUGUUUUCUUUAUUAUACUCCAAGGAUUUAAACCAUUUUUGCAUCUACCUCUUUUUUUUUUUCAGUGGUCCAGCUGUUAAAUUUGCUGACAUUGCAGGACAAGAGCUAGCUAAGCAGGCCCUGCAGGAGAUUGUUAUUCUCCCUUCUUUAAGACCAGAGGUAAACCGUUUUUCUCUUAUGUUUCUAUGCACAUAUUUCCUUUAAGAGCUGUAUAUAGCAUUGCUUACCUGCUGCCCUCGCUGUGGUGGGGGUGUUGGAUGUUAUACUGCUUUUACACCCAUGUUCUACUGCCACCCCUUUUCUGUAACAAUUGGCCCUUUUUGAACAUUCGGACUACACUGCUUUUCCCUGUCACCUAAAUAAAAAAAAAUCUAGAGAUAUAUUAAGGAUUGGAUAUUAAGCAGCCAAAAAAUGUUACAAUAUUAUGAAGUUAUAAAGUCCUCCAUGAACACCUAACCGGUCAUAAAAAGAGAAACUGAUCGUGGUGUUCCAUGAAGCUAUAUUAAUGUGUGCAUAUGUCACAGCUAGUGGAGUGCACCUGUAUCCAAAGGAUACAAAAUAUCCUUGAUUUGCACAAACAUUCUCACUACCCCAUGGGUCAUUAGUAUGAGUGUAGUGAGCCAAUGAACAGAGAAAAAGAAUUAAGAGAGAGGAGAUUAGGAGAAGGGGUGCCAUCUUUGAGGUAGUGUGACAAGAUAGCAUUCAAGUGUUGGUUUAGCAACCAAGGGUCCCAUAUUUAUUAAUUUUUACAUUUUGGAGUUGUGCCCAUCUCAACUCAACUGUGGCAAUAAUUUUAAGGUUAAUUUAAUCAAAAUGUACCCGUCUUUAAUUUUAGACUAGCUUUGCUGUGCAUGACAAGAAAAUAUUAAAGGGACCCAGACUACUUCAGAUCAUUGAAGUGGUAUGGGUGCAGUGUCCCUGUCCCACUUAGUCCUGCAAUGUAAAAAGUGCUAAGACUGCCUCUAGUGGCUGUCUACCAGACAUACACUAAAGGCGCUUGCGGGAAUUUACCUGUAGGUGCCUAACUCACACUCUGCAUGAGGAAAUUCAGCAUCAGUGAAACCCUCAUAGGAAAGCAUUGAUUCAAGGAGGGGACCAGAGGACACUAUAGGGUUAGGAAUACAACUUCUUAUUCAAUUCUAUAGUGUUCGGAAUACAAAGUAAAUUUUACAAUUUUUUUUUUUUUUUCUUGCUCCAAGUAUGUUUGCCUACUCCAGUAGCAUUCUGUCUCACUAAGGACCCCCUGAAUUAUCACCAUUAAAUUUUUCAAGGCAAUGUUUUUUUCAGUGUGUUUUUUUUUUUUUUUUCCAAGUACACAUAUCUGUUGCUAUUGAUUACAUUCUUUCUUAAAUACUUUUUCUUUAAAUUUUUAACAGAUUGUGACCAUUAAAUAACAAGAAAAAUUAUAACAUUAAUAAAAAUUACAAUAAACCGAGAUGGGACAAAAAAGGGGAGGAGGGGUGGUCAGGAAGGGAUCCUUAUGUUUUAUACAUAUAUAACCAUUUAUACCAUGGUUAAUAAUCGGUUGUUUUUAUUUUUUUAGUCGAAUAUUGGGAAUUUCUAGUAAUUUGGGAUACAAUUGGUGGAGAAUGUACAAUAUACACAGACAAAUACAAGAGGUAGAGAGAGCCUUGCCUGUAAGCUGAUCUCUAGCCAUUGAAGCUCCGUUAUACAAAGUGCUUAGUUAGAUGGCCCGUGAGCUUACAAUCUAAAGGAUACCAUGGGGAUUUGAGACAAGAGGCAGCAGGGGAAAUUUGGAGGUGAUGGCUAAAAGCGUUAACAGAGAGAAGCAGCUAUUGUUAAAAUAUAAAGGGAAUGAAGAGGUAAUUGAGGGAGAAUCUCAAACAGCUGGAGGAGCAUGCUAUAUAUUUAGGGGGAACAGCCAUGAGUUUUGGGUGUUGCUGCAGGACGUUAAAUGCAGAGUUUCACGGAGUAUGAGUUGUGAGGUGAGCCCUUGGCACAAAUCCACCAGAUAUGGGGCAUAUAUGUUGGAUGAACUGUGUAGAAACCAGUAAAAUCAGAUGUGCCUGGGAACAUCUUCUGAACCCUUGUCAGUAAGAAGUUCCACUUACACAAAACAUGAUAAUGAUGUGGGGGGGCAGGUCCACUUACACAAAACUUUAUAAUAAGGCGUGGGAGCAUGGCCUGACUAUCGAGUUGAGCAGACGUUGGUUGCUUCGGCUCCUGCUCGUAAAUCACAUAAUCGCUCUAAACUACUGCUUUAAGCCAGUUAAAGGCUCAUGAUCUACACCUUUAGACUCCUGGAAUUCCCUCUAUAUGAGAGGCAAUUCUUGAUAUGCUGACUUCGGCGGAGGAGGCAGCCAAUCCUUCGGCACUGACCUAGUCUGGUCACAUCAAUGUGAAACAAGGGCCCUGUGUGCCCCCUCCUCUCCCCCCGUGUUACCCUGGACCUCCUCAAUGGGCACUGACCUCUGUACUGCUCUUGGGCAAACGUUGCACAGGCAACUCCUGUUCGGCCUACUCAAAACGGCUGACAGCAAUGCAGCUCUUCCGCACAAUUUGCAGGCCUCAGUCAGAAGAGUUGGCUUUCAGAGCCUGGAUCUGGAGGGCAGCUGUGCAUGUGACAAAAUGGGGGACACCAGCUAUUUUCUUUAUCUCCCUAGACUCUGCCUGAACACAACUGGCAUCAGUUAAACAGGCUGCUAACCUGGGGCUCCUUGACCUGUCUGUCCAGGAUGUAGCCUCUGAGUUGGUAACCAUAAGACUUCUUUCAAUAAAUACGGUGAUAUUGAUUCUACUUCUAUUAAUUGCUACUUUGAUAAGUUUGUAUCCAGGUUGAAUUUAAUGACAACGGAUGCUAUAGUGGCUAUAUAAUAGUUGUUAAAGUCUGAGACACCUAAACCACUAAUGAUUUUGUCUUUGCAUAGUUGACAUUUUGAUUGUAUUCAUUUUGUUUCUCCAUAUAAAUUUAGUUAUAUCUGAAUUUACCUUUUUAAAGUUAGUCCCAAAUUUGUAAUGGUAUUGCUCGGAGUAUAUUAUUUUUGGAAAAACAUAAAUUUUUAAUGCAUCGAUUCUCCUUAGCCAUGAUCAUUCAAAUGUACUCCUCUGUUAAGCUCCACUCUCAGUUCCAGCCGUUUUUUUCUCAAAAUUCAGAGACGCAUUUUUUUAAUUUUUUUUAAUUCUUAAAUUAAUUCCCAGCUAUUAUACUUACGACUCCUUCCAAUAAUAUGGAUAUCUUAUCUUCCAAUUCUCUACCUCCAUAAGCAUUAUGUUAAAUGGUAGAGCCUGAAUCUUAUAAUUUAUAGAUUAUGUCCGUAUCCCCCUUAGUCCUGAAAUGUAAAACAUUGCAGUUUUUGAGAAACUGUAAGACUGCCUUCCGAGAGAUUACUGGAUUCUGGGUCGCCUAAAUGACACAGGACUUCCACACGCUCUGUAUGAGGACAUCCAGCAUUAGGGAAUACCCCAUAGGAAAAAAGUGAGGCACAGAGGGCACUAUAUUGAGAUAAUUAAGAGAUUUUUGCUGCCUUAACCCCUUAAUGACCAAACUUCUGUAUUAAAAGGGAAUCCUGACAUGUCACAUGUCAUGUGUCCUUAAGGGGUUAAAGGGACAAUUUCAAAGUUUGGAUUGAUAGUGUCAAAUAAUCUAUACAAAGCCGCAUAUUAUUGCACUACUGUGCACUGGAACAUUUGAUGUAAUUCAAGGUAUUCCCUUCUUUUAACAGUUGUUCACUGGUCUAAGAACACCUGCACGUGGGCUGCUGCUAUUUGGUCCUCCUGGAAAUGGAAAGACUAUGCUGGUGAGUGAAACCUUUCUAUAUAGGUAUACAGUGCCAUUGUCCGAGAAUGCUGUGUAUUAAAUGUUAUUUCCUAUGUUUAGGCAAAGGCAGUGGCAGCAGAGUCAAAUGCGACAUUUAUUAACAUAAGUGCAGCAAGCCUUACUUCUAAAUAUGUAAGUAACCCCAAUAUUAAUCAUUUCAUAACGACUAACAAAAAAUAGUAUUCUGUAAUUUGUGUCCCGUUAUUGUUCUUCGGUACCAUGCCAGAGGCUUGUUUCUCUCAUUUUUAAAAAGUAUUUGUGCUAAGCUUUUUAUAUAAAUAUCUGUAUGCUCCUAGUAUAUUUUAUUUCUGAUGUUGGACUAAUGAAAGUGGCAUUGUCACUGAUAUUUUCAGCGUUGUUUUCAAAAGGUUUAUGAAAUACUUAUGUUGAAUGCAUUGUAAUUUCACUGAAAUUCCAACAUAGUCAAGAUGUCAUAAAAUAAACACUACUAUGUCUUAAGUCCUAAGUGGUACAAAACUUGAUUUAAAAAAAUAAAAAAGUUUUGUCAGUUCCUGCUAGUGGUAGCUGUGUUAAAAGGUAAUCUUUUUGUUGCUCUCUAAAGUUUGUCUAUAGAAGAUACUGUAGUUUUGCAGAAUUCUCUCUUCCUCAGUUUUUCUCCAUGGGACAUUUAAAACCACUACACAAGAAAAUGGACUUCACUUACAUCCAAUAUGUGCGUGGAUGUUGUACAACUCCUAUUCCACUAUUCAGUUUGUUUGUGUACUGCUUUUAGGUUGGUGAAGGUGAGAAAACCGUUCGUGCUCUAUUUUCUGUGGCUAGGGAACUGCAACCAUCUAUUAUUUUCCUAGGUGAGUACUUGCUUACAUUUUCAGUGUAUUUUUUUUACUAUAUGGUUAUAGUUUAUUCAUUAUGUUGGGUGACUCCAUUAGAGUACUGUUCAGAUGUAGUCAGAUUUGUCAACCCCACACCAUCAAGAAAUUACAGAUGAGCAGAAAAAGACAGCAGCUCAGUAUUGGGAACGUUUUGAAAAUUAUCCAUGAAUUGGGUUGUUAGAGCACAAUAAUUUUUAUUGAAUUAUUUCUGCAUUUUCUUGGGUAUGGCUUAGAAGUAAAUCCCACUAGUAUGUGAAGUUUGUUUAAUAUAAAUCAUGGCUAACUGAUUUUAUUUGAUUUCAUAUUGCGGGGCUUAUGUUUUUAACAUAAAGCUGGGUUAUGCUUUUCAAAUGAAAGGUGUUUCACAAAAAUGACUCCAUUGCUACUGUAAAGAGUCAUUGUUGGGGGGAAAAGACCUUAGAGGGGCAUAAGAAAUAAAUGGAAUGUUCCAAAUAAUUAUUUUAAAUCUUUCUUACUGACUUUUAAUUAAGUUUAUAGUUUUAAAGCGCUGUUGCCCAAAACCCCCGACAUCACUUUCAUGUUUAAUGUUUUCUAAAUACAUAUGCAUAUCUGUUGUGCAACAAUGAUCUCCAGCAGUUAGUUAGCCUAAACUUAAUAUUAAUAUAUUCCAGAAAUAUAUGCUACAGACCACUCUAGUGGUGAUGUUUGGAGUACACUAGUGCUGUUCUAUGUUUUGCAACGGUUUGCACUCUUACCUGGUCUCACUGGUUGUCUUAAUUGAUAUGAAGUUAUUAUGGUGCCAUAUUGGUCCCAGGUGGUUCCUUACCUUUACAUGCUGAAACCUUUAUGAACGGUUUAACCUCUAAGUUGGCUGUUCAGCAUUGUUACUCUCUGUGACCUUCCACAUCCGCUUUCUCUAAUUCAGAUCCAGAAAGCAAAGCCUCCGGGGAAGCUCACACUCUAAGCCAGUCAGUAGCUCCCCAUUCAUACAAAGGGAUGCAUAUCUUUCUUAUGAAAGCAAAUCAGCGAUGCUGAUGCCCAAUGGCAGGCCAUGCUUCCUGGAUCAGUCCUGGAGAAAGCAGAUGUGGAUAGUUACAUAGGGUAAGGGUGCUGGAGAGGCAACCAAUUGGUUUUAUUAUUUGUGGACAGUUUAAACCAUGAAGGUAAGGUAGCACCAAGGGGGCUCCUGGUACCAUAUCAACUUAAUUUUGACUUAAGUUGUUAUGGUGUCCAUCGUGUUCUUUUGAAUGGGCUAAAACUUUGCUGGUGUGGGCCCAACUAAAAUGUUGCUGGUGUUCAAAUAAAUCUAUUUUCUCUGGAUCACUUCUGUUACUACUUGUUGGAUUUAGCAGUAAACCUGCUUUAGUUCCACUAGUUGUGUAGAAAUUAUGUAACCAAAACUUUUUUUUAUAUUUUUAAACUUAAUAUUUUAUUCUUGUAUAAGAUAUACUUGUAGAAAUAAGAAGCCCUGUCUGUCCUUGAAACAUGAUUUAUAACACAUGGGUGCUCUUAAACCGCUUUAAAUUACUGUGGAAUGAACAGCAAGUGCCAACAAGGCCUCAGUCACAAAUACAUAAAAUCUCUGAAAAUCCUUGGUCACAAACUGGUUCAUUUCAAUAACUGUUAGUGCUGUACAAUACAUAGUUACUCUUAUUGUGUGUGGAUGUAUCUAUCUGUUUAACUAUGUAUUUAAAAAAAAAUAUAUUUUGCAGAUGAGAUUGAUAGCCUGUUAUGUGAGAGAAAGGAAGGAGAGCAUGAUUCCACAAGGAGGUUAAAAACAGAGUUUUUAGUUCAGUUUGAUGGUGUAAGUAUUUCCCUUUAUAUUUUACAGCCCUCUGAUAACCCAUACCUCCAUCUAUGCUAGUUUGUAAAGUACUAAACGUGAUGCAGUUAUCGUGGAGUCCAGGCACAUUUCAGUCAUUACUUCCCAGUAGUGUACAGUACACCACUUUUUGCAUUCAUGCCAAUUGCAUCCAGAAAAUGUCAAUGCAAAGCUUCUAGUUUUAAGUAUUAUGGGUAUUUUUUAGACUUGGCAGUUUUUACAAGUUGGACUAUUCUUGUCAAAUGUGUUUUAUUUUUUUUUAUUUUUAUUUUUUAUAAAGGUUUGCAAUUUUAACAAAGGAAGCAAUAAUAAUCAUAACUAACAUUUAUCAAUAUAACGAAUGAACACUAAAGAAAAAAAUUAAAACUUUUUUUUUUUUUUUUUAUAUAAAUAAUAAUGGGGGUGGAGGGGGCAUCCAUCCAUUAUGGGAUUGGCAAUAACAUCGUUAUAAUGAGUAAUAUUAUUAUUUAUAGAAAGUAAACCAAUUCUGCAGCACUGUACAAUGGGUGAACUAACAAACAUGUAAUUGUAACCAGAUAAAUUGGACGCACAGGAACAGAGGCGUUGAGGGCCCUGCUCAAUGAGUUUAUAUGCUAGUGGGAUCUGGGUAAACUUUUAACUGGGAGAACCAAUAUCUUUAAAUACAGUAUGUCCACUCUUUCAUAUGUGAUGGCAAUGUCCAUGUAUUCAGAUAUUUUGAGAGUGUGUGCCUGUGUUCGUAACCACACCAACAGAGAUCCGACAAAGUGGAGUACAUGUUCUGGAGAUGGUCAAGUUUGCUAUUGUCAUUGAUAAUAAGAGACGAAUACUAGAAAUAUGCUCUUCACUUGGUUUUUAUAGUAGUCUCUGGAUUAGGAUGUUGCUAAUCUUCACCAUCCUUGUUCUUUUUAAAUUUCUGGAUUAUGAACAGAAAUGUAUGCACAUUGUGUAGAUUAUGCAUAGAAGCCAGUCACUGCUAAAUGGGUCUUUCUGGCACCUACAUAGUAUUUCUUUGUAACAAAUUUUGAUGAUGCAGAGGUAUUAGAAAAAUCAGCUCAAACCUUACAUGGCCCUUUAAAAUGAUAUAUCUGUAUAUACAUUUUAAAUGUCUAGUCUACCUAGCCAAUGCAUCUAUACAUAGUUUUUCAUGACUGGGACAGGGCAGCUGUAGGUGGCUUUUUUUGCAUUGGUGAGCUACCAGUUGGCUGACUGAACAUUUUGAUAACCUAGUCCACACAGCAGGUGGCAAGUUUAAUGUAAAAAACUUUUUUGUUAGUCUUUUGUGAAAACCGAGCAGAAAGUGUGUAUCUUUUUGUUGUUCUAGCAUCAUAGGAUUUAAAUUUUUGUUGGUAACUUACUGCUUUGCAUUAUAGGUACAGUCUUCUGGAGACGACAGAGUCCUUGUCAUGGGGGCAACAAACAGACCUCAAGAGCUUGAUGAUGCUGCUCUCAGGUGCCAGUUUUUUGUGUUCAAACUGCUCUAUUUAACUGCAUCUUGUAUAUUGUAGUUUUAAGGCUGUGAAUAAGGCUGUUUGUUUUUGUUUUUUUGUUUUUUUCUCGCCAAUCAUUUUAUCCCAGAAUAGAAAGUGUGUGGCUUAAUUUUUAAUUGCUUUUUUACAAACAAUUUUAGCUCACUCUGAUCACCUCUAUUUGGAUACAGAUUAGGCCAGUUUUAAAUAUUGGCAAAACACACAUUGAUCACUCUUGGAUCAGCUUGAGAUAUUUUAUUAUAAACCAUAGUUUAACAAAAUAUUCUCCAAACCCCAUUUUAUAGCUUUAGUCGGUACCAUUAGUGUCUUUUCAGGGCUUUGUUCAGAUGUACAAACCGUGUAUGAAAAACUAUUUGCAGUAAGCCCUUUUGCUGUUUCACUCUGGUUGUUAAAUCAUAUACUUUAAAACUUACAUUUGACAGAUGAUUUAUAGACUGUUUUGUUUGGUACUUGUCUCGGUUACUGAUUUAAUUAAUUUACUGUCUUUUCAUGAUCCAUCUAUUUUCACAUCUUUGUUGCAGCAUGAAUGGUCAAUGUGGGAAGAAGAUGUGAAAGAUAAAUUCAGACUUUAACCAUAUUCCCACCUGAUUGAAUACCUAUUCUGUUUUCUGAUUUAUUUAUUUAUUUUUUAUUUAUUAUUUUUUUUUUAGUUCCAUGUUAUUAAUUACUUGACACGUUAUUUUAUUUCGGUACAUAGUUUACAUAUUUAAUGUACACAUAUUUAUAAUGUGUGUAUUUUAUUUGAUAUAUAAAUGCCAAUGUUAUAUGAUAUAUUAUUUUAAGACUUUCAUAAAAAAUAUUUGACGUAAUUAAUUUCCUGUCUGCCUAAACGUUUAGGUGUCUGCAGCUUUGAAAAGCUGACCAGUUGUUGCUAACAACUCUGGUUAGUCCUGCAACCAAGACCACAUUACCAUUUUUGUAAAAUACUCCUCAAUUAAAUUUGAUGUAAUUGAUUUAACUUUUUGUUGUAGGCGAUUCGCGAAGAGAAUUUAUGUCUCAUUACCAAAUGAAGAGGUAAGAAUGGUUUACUUUUUUUGUACAUAUACCUAGGCUAGAGAAGACAAAAUUACAUGUGUUCAUCCUUAUACACCUAUCUUGAGGCUAUUUUUCUCAAAUGAAUAAAAUAAAUCAUCUGGUACAUCCCUCUCCCCCCAAAAAUCUUUUUUGUAUAUGACUUUUGGUACAGAGAACAUAGCUAUCUAAAUGCACCUGGCCUCAGCUUCUGCAGUGUGAGACACGUGGUUUUAGUGAAAUAUAAAUUUAUUUUUCUUUUUUAAUGUCUGUUUCCAGCUGAAUUAAUAAUCUAUCAUCAGGAUGGAUUGGCCUAAGCACCAUAAAUACUUUGUGUUGCUGCCAAGUGCAUGGUACUUAGUGUUUUCUGAUCCCACAUUCAUGUUCGAGAAUUGCUUACAUCAACAGAGAUUUGUAAACAUCAAUGCCAAGGAAAGACAGCCCACAAGUGCUGUAAAUCAGGCAACCCGAAACUUCAUAUAAGCUUUGUCCCAGUUGUGUGUGUGCAGCAUGUGCUUGCUUAAUGCACACAAGGGAAAACUCUCACUCUUCCCCCCCCCCCAAAUUAAACCAAUGUGCAAACUGCACAUGCAUAGUCCAUGACUGUCAUGAUGGCAAAACAUAGCCUGGUUCACUGAACAAUGAUCAGGAAUGUUUGUAAGGUCAUAGCAGCCACCCUAUAAGUGGUUUACACAUAGGGUGAUGAAACUCUAGGUAGGUCAUUAUCUAAGUAUCCAAACCCCUGCUCAGCAGUAGACUAUGGAAUAAGCUAAUUUUCCAUAGACCAGAACGAGACACUGCACCUGCUGACAGACCCACUAAGCAGUGGAAAGAGGGACAUAUGGAAGGUGACUUAAAAAAAAAAAAAACUAACAAAAAAAAAUAAAAAUCAAAUUUUUAAUUCCAACUUGCAACCCUGAAGUUAAUGCAUGGUGCAUUUUGAGGUUGCUUGAUGCAUACUAUCAUGUCACGGCACACUGAAAACCACUGAUCUACAGCUACAGUGGUUUUAAACCAUUGUGCAUGUAGCACAACUCAGUGGGUGCCAAAAAGAGACACUUUUGAACUAGAACCGUUGCGUGCGGACCUUAAAAUAAGUAAAAUGUUAAAAGUACUUGUAAAGAUGGGAUUCCCAUCUGAAAAUUACAAUUCGUUACUGUGACGGACUGGGUGCCUCCGCCAAUCAGUGCUUCAGAGUACUUCCUAGCACUCCUCCAGACACAAUAGCCGCCGCAGGUUGGCUGGGGUCUCGCCAUCCUCCACCCACCCUGGACCAAAGUCAGGGAUCCAGCUUGCAGUGGGUAGACCUCCUCCUCCUCCUCCAGAGAGUAUAGCAGGAUAGCUCUUACAAGAGCUAGUGAUAUCUGUUCCCUACAAUCACGAGACGAGGUUCUGUGUUGAACUGUUUAAUGGCAGCCAUAACUGGCCUUAUAUGCAAGUCCCCAUGCAAGGGGUUUCCAUAACACAUUGCAGGGGCAUUCCCCAUUGGACCUGAGCGGGGACUGUGACAAAGUACACACUGUAAUUACUCUCAGGUCCAGGACACACCCACACAAAAUGGGAAAAUCCCUCCCCUGUGCCUGAGAGAUAAUGGAGUCAGGAACUGUAUUAAACUCCAUUAUAUCCAGGCACAGAAAACAUAUAUUUUACAAUAAUCCAAAAGUACCCACAAAAGUCAUAUCCCCCUGAUAGCCGCGAUCUGGGAGACCAACAUAUCCAAAAAUCACUCUUAUCGGUUCAGGGGUUUGGGAUUUCCAUGAAAGUUAUAAUGACCGACUGCACACAAGGCUCCUGCCCAAAACCGUUCCAGAGAAUCAGGGCUUGCGGUCGGUCUAGUUCGGUAGUUUAAAAACUGACCAAACUACUGAACAUAGGCAAGUCUUACCCUGGAGCUUGUUCCCCUCAUCAAGAAGAACGAUUCCACCGAACAGUGCCCUUCUAAGUUGUGUAGAACCGAACAGAGGCGACGAUGGAAGUACAGCGGUGUUCAGGAGUUUGUUUCCCAUUUUUAGUUCCAGGAACUCAACAACUAAACACCGCUACCUGCGUUCAUGCGAACAAGAUGGCCGCCACCUCGUGGUCGUUCAUGCGAACAGCGGCCACCCAGACAACAAUUGGAACACUGCUGUUAGAAUCGUUACCAAAUGUUAAUAGGAUUAUCAAGCUUCCAGAUGGUCUCUAGUUCGUGCGGCUGGUCGGUUCCCGAACCACAGUCCCAAUUGCACGAACAGAGCCUUUUUAAAGUCGUUUAGCCAGGGUCUAUUGCAGGGGCCAUAGUCCUAAGGCAGGAGGCUGGGAAGUAGGCCCAUCCAAAAACACGUGGCAGAGGCAUGUCUGCCACAGUUACCAAAAGUAAAUUUUGGUAGACUUAUAUGUAUGUAUAUCUCUAAUAAGGCAUUAAGUAAAUAAUAUUUAUAAGCUGCCUGUUGAUAAAAAAGUGUUCUGGAAAUUUUUCUUAUUAAAGUGUACCUUGGUUCAUAUUAGGUUGGGAACAAAUUAUCUAUUUAUAAUGCAGUAAACCAUGUUGAGUUAGUUUUUACAUAGACUAACCAUUAAACUUCUGUAAUUCUUGAAAAUCUGCAGUGUGGUUUUUAUAUGCAAACUAAAAUGAGGGGACUGUUGUACAUGAGCAACAGACAUUUGUGUACCCCUUUUAUGUAUGGAUCUAUAUUGGGGAUCCCCCCCAAUUUUUUUUUUAUUGAGCCAAUUUUCAUUUACCAUUUUGAAAAAAUAAUCUAUUUCUACACUAAUCUACUGUUAACUGAACAUGUUUGUUAUUUAUUUUUUUUGCACAAAAUUAAAUGCACAAAAUAUACAUGCCAGUCAGAAUUGUUUGUUUUCAAGAAUGUGUGUGUGUAGUGGAUGCAGUGAGACUAUUUGAUUAGUGAAUGCAGUGUGUGUGUGUAUAUAAUGAAAGCAGAAUGUGUUUCUGUAGUGUGUGUAUAGUGAAUGCAGUGUUUGUGUAGUGUGUGUAUAGUGAAUGCAGUGUGUUUAUAUAAUGCAGUGUUUGUGUAGUGUGUGUGUAGUGAAUGCAGUGUGUUUAUAUAAUGCAGUGUUUGUGUAGUGUGUGUGUAUAGUGAAUGCAGUGUGUUUAUAUAAUGCAGAGUGUGUGUGUGUAUAGUGAAUGCAGUGUGUUUAUAUAAUGCAGAAUGUGUUUGUGUAGGUAUGUAAUGUGUGUAAAAUGGGGGAGGGUGGGGGUGGCAUUUUUAUAUUAAAUAUUUAAUUAUUUUGUAAUUUAUUUAUUUUUUUUGUAUUUGAUUUGUUUUUAAUCACGCUGUAUAUAUGUGUGUUAACAGAUAUUUCUUAAUCACUUUUCAAACUUGUAUGUGCUCUUCCAUAUAGACAAGGCUACUGCUUCUCACAAAUCUCCUAGUAAAGCAGGGCAACCCACUGUCUGAAAAAGAAUUGAGGCGGUUGGCAAGGUAAGCUAUUUGGGAGUUAUUGGAGAUAUCAUAUGUAUAUUUGUAAUAAAAUUAUAAAAUCUUGCGCGCUUUUUCUUUUAAUUAUUUUUGUUUCCCACAUCCAAUGGUGUAAUAUUGGCAUGUGUUUAUCUUCUAAAGUAAUUCUUGCUUUUUAAAGCUAAAGUUGUAAACCUAAUGCAUUUUUAUUUUGUGACACUAGACUGACAGAAGGAUAUUCAGGAAGUGAUAUCACUGCCCUGGCAAAAGAUGCAGCUCUUGGACCAAUUAGAGGUACAAUAGGAUUGAGUUGCUUCACGGACCCCUAAGUUUUGAUCCACUCCACCUAAAACUGUUUGUCCAAGAAAGGGACUCUGCAUACUAGUACCACAACCAAUACAUGUUUUAUCAUUUAAUCUAUCCUCCCACCCCCUGGAAUUUUCUGCAUAUUGACUGAGGGAGAUAGAAAACACAUGUAUAUGGAUAUGUCAUUUGUACAAUAUCAGACACAAUUUUCUUUAUAUAUUAUAUAUAGAACUCAAAAUGAAGUAUGAAUAUAUUUCAAUGAUUAUAAGGAUGAAACAGAAUUCAGUUUUUUUAUAUUUUAUAUACAACUAGGAUAGUUAAAGGAAAAGAAAAACAAUUUGUGAUUGUGGAAUUUUCUAAUACAGUUGUGCUCAAAGGUUUGAUACACUGGCAGAAAUUGUGAAAUUUUGGCAUUGAUUUUGAAAAUAUGAACAUGCAAAAACAAUUUAUUGAAGGAUAGUAAUCAUAUGAAGCCAUUUAUUAUCACAUAGUUGGCUCCUUUUAAAAUCCUAACGAGAACCGAAAUCACCCAAAAGGCCUUGAUCAAAAAUUUACAUACCCUCGAAAGUUUGGCUUUUUUACAGACACACAAGGUGACACACACAGGUAAAAAUGGCAAUUGAGAGUUAAUUUCUCACACCUGUGACUUUUUAAACUGCAAUUAGUGACUGUGUAUAAAUAGUCAAUGAGUUUGUUAGAUCUCACGUGGAUGCACUGAGCAGCCUAGAUACUGAGCCAUGGAGAGCAGAAAAGAACUGUCAAUAGUCCUGCGUAACAAGGUAAUGGAAUUUAAUAAAGAUGGAAAAGGAUACAAAAAGAUAUUAAAAGCCUUGAAAAUGCCAUUCAGUACUGUUCAGUCACUUAUUAAGAAGUUUAAAAUUCUGGGAUCUUUCGAUACCAAGCCAAGGUCAGGUAGACCAAGAAAGAUUUCAGUCACAACUGCCAGAAGAAUUGUUUGUGAUACAAAGAAAAACAAACAGGUAACCUCAGGAAAAAUACAGGCUGCUCUGAAAGAAGGUGUGGUUGUUUCAAGGAGCACAAUAUGACGAUACUUGAACAAAAAUGAGCUGCAUGGUCGAGUUGCCAGAAAGAAGCCUUUACUGCCCCAAUGCCACAAAAAAGCCCGGUUACAAUAUGCCCGACAACACCUUCACAUGCCUCACAGCUUCUGGCACACUGUUAAGGCCUAUAGUGAAAAGAAUAUCAUCCCCACUGUGAAGCAUGGUGGUGGGUCACUGAUGUUUGAGGGGAGGGGGUCGUGAACUCUAAAGCCAUGGGGAAUCUUGUAAAAAUUGAUGGCAAGAUGAAUGCAGCAUGCUAUCAGAAAAUACUGGCAGGCAAUUCGCAUUCUUCUGCAUGAAGGCUGCUGCGCAUGGGACGCUCUUGGACUUUCCAGCAUGACAAUGACCAUAAGCACAAGGCCAAGUUGACCCUUAAGUGGAUACAGCAGAAAAAGGUGAUGGUUUUGGAGUGGCCAUUACAGUCUCCUAACAUUAAUAUCAUCGAGCCACCCGGGGGACAUCUCAAACGUGCAGUUCAUGCAAGACGACAAAAGACUUGAGACAUUUUGCUAAGAUGAAUGGGCAGCUAUACCACCUGCAAGAAUUAGGGGCCUCCUAGACCAGGCAUAGGCAACCUUUGGCACUCCAGAUGUUUUGGACUACACCUCCCAUGAUGCUUUGCCAGCACUAUGUUGCCUAUCCCUGUCCUAGACUAUUACAAAAUACUCCAUGCGGUCAUUGAUGCUAAAGGGGAUAAUACACUGUAUUAAGAACGAAGGGUGCAGACUUUUGAACAGGGGUUUUCAUUUUUUUUCUUUGUUGGGAUGCUUUGUUUUAUGAUUGUGCCGUUCUGUUAUAACCUACAGUUGAAUAUGAAUCCCAUAAAAAAAUAAAAUAAAUGUUUUGCUUGCUCACUUAUGUUUUCUUUAAAAAUAAUACAUAUAUCACCAAUUCUUCAAGGGUAUGCAAACUUUUGAGUACAACUGUACAUCUAGCAUUUCAGUCUAUUUUUAACUUCUUACCAUAUAAAAUGGUAUUUUAAAAUAAUGUACAAGUUGAUAUUUUAGGAUUAUACAUUUAAUAGUGGUCAGCAUUUAGACUUGCUGUUUUGACAGUCGAAUUUACCUUUUAACCUUUGGGGCAAAAUGACAGCACCAACCUGCAAGUUACCCCAGCAAUAUGAAAUGUCAUUUGCAAAUGUGAAACUAGCUAUGUAUUAUGUAUCUUUAUUUCAUUUUUUAUUUUUUUUAUUGCAGAACUACAACCUGAACAAGUGAAAAAUAUGUCUGCUAGUGAUGUAAGUAGGACUAUAUUGUCUUAUAUCAAUUAUAUUGUAGAGAAUACAUUUAUUUCUAUAGAUGGGUAAGUGAAUUUUAGGCAGCCUUAGAGAUUUUGUGAAAAUUUGUACCUGUUAAGAAGUUGCUGCCAUAUUCCUGGCAAAUCCUAUGCACAGUCCCAUAAAUGUUAUUAUACAAACCACAUAUGAAUGUGAUUCUUUCUGAGGUUCAUUUGGGGAUUUUUAAUUCCACACUGAUUCUCUUGAAUUCAUUGCUGUCCCAUCUAUAUAAAUCCUUGCUUACUGUUCUGAUCUGCCAUUGUCAUGCAUACAGGUGGUCUUCGUUUUACGACGGCUCGUGCUUACGACCAGCUCUCUGGCGGGGUGGUAAUUGCGAGCCGUCGUGGGGAUUAGAGGGAUUCCCUGCUCUACAGCGUUGUUCUAUUUUUGAUGAAAUCUCCCUGAACACAGACAUGCGCACCAGAGCAGGGAAUCCCAUAAAUCUAUGCUCGGGGAAAUUUGCCCGAAUGUAGAAGAACACAGCAGAGCAGGGAAUCCCUUAACUCCUCACUUACCGACCGGGUCGUUUAAACGGAACCCGGUCGGUAAGUGAGGAGUGUCUGUACUUACAAAUUAAAGAUGGUCCAAAAAACAGUUAUGAGGACCGUUAAUCUGCAGAUUUAUUACGAUGAAUAGGGCAAAGUUUCAGCUCUGCAAUCAAGCUUUUAUCAAGUCUCUUGAUAAAGGCUUGGGUGUAGAGCCAAAAUGUUGCUCUAUUGAUACUAGUAUAUCUCUGUAUUUGGAUUGUCCUUAUGUGUCCUGACAUUUUGUUUGUAUUUUGUCUACAAAUGAAAAUAGUAUAUUCCCUUCUGUAAAAUAUACAUUAUACUGGUUAAAUCACAUCUGCCUCUUCUAAUGUCUGCAAAAGCAAAGGUGUAGGUACCUAAUCUCUUAUGACUGCAGACAGGCUGUGAAGAAGGAAACUGGUAAUUUAAAUCAAAUCAACAGUCUCAAUAUUCUAACACUGUUCUUAAAAUGAGUUUUCUUUCAUAAAAUAAAGUAUAGUUAGGUUUGAUCUUGAGAAAAUUUGAAGAUCAUAAACAUAAUGCUUCUCAAUAUGGAAUUUGCUGCCGCUAUAUAAAUAAUAAAAUAUUACACACUCUUAAAUAGUAGUUGGCCUAAAUUAUAUACACCUGUCUAAUAGCAGUUUCAUAACUGGCUUUCAUUUAUAUUUUUAUUUUUAGGUGCGGAAUAUAACUUAUUCCGAUUUUAUGAAUUCAUUAAAGAAGAUAAAAUGCAGUGUGAGCCCUUCCACGUUGGAGUCUUACAUUCAAUGGAACCGAGACUUUGGGGAUACUACUGUCUGAGUGUGUUUUCAUCCUAUCCCUGAGGCAGGAGUGGGACAUUAAGCAAGCUUGCUUUAUGGAAAUUCAGAUUUGCAAAUGUUUACAAUAAAAAAAAAAGGAAAUUGUCAGAACUGUGCACUUAACCUUUAGAAAUGCCUAAACACAGAUGGGGAAGAAAAAAAAAAAGAAUAGUUGUACAAACUCUGUAAUGUAGAGCAUUAUAAAUGGGCAAUCGUGAAUGUCUGGUUAAGAAGAGUUCAGUUGGCUCUACAUUGAGUUGCUGAAAUAACAUUUUGUACACUGUGCUAAAGCUUGAUUGAUCUGAUUUGGCUACAGGAAGACCCCCGUGCCUACAGUUCCUGCUUACUGGUGCCUGCCCUUUUUUUUUUUUUUUUUAUAGCUUAAAAUCUUCUAUACUCCUUUUUAUCUACUAACUGCGUUUUUGUAAAUUUGUAACUUUUCUGUUGGGUGCGGGUGGAUGAGCAAAAAGAAAAAUUAAAAGGGGUUAGUAAGCGUAUUGCUCAUUUGCUAAUUUUUUGGGAUACGUGCCAAAGGAAAGUAUUUAGUGGUCCUGGAAAAUCGGUAGCUGAUCCACUUUAAGAACACAAACUGUGAAGCAGCUGGUUUGCUUUAUUGGUGUGUUUUAGGGCUAUAUCACAGAUAAUUUAGAGUAUUUCAGGUAUGGGAACUAGACUUGUGUUAAAUUAAUUUAUAGUCUCUUCAAUAUGCAUGUAAAAUUAAGUUCUAAUCAUUUUGUUCCACCUGAUAUCUUCAGAAUGUUAAUUGUCUCACAGUUGUGUAGCUGUGUGUAAGGGGCAUAGCUUAUAAAUUAGAUAUGUUUUGUAAUUUCUGAAGAAUUCGAGCUAUUACUAUACAAACACAUAUAGUCAGUAAUUCUUUUCUAACUUUUAAAAUGUACCCACUGUUUAAGUGUUUACAUUGGAAACUGUGGUGCAAUUGCAUCUAUAAGGUUCUAAAUUUGAGAUUUUUUUCUUUAUUCUGAAGCAAAGUGACUUGUGACCCAGCAUAUGUUCUUAGUUACCUCAUGUUACACUUUACAGUACUUUGAAGUAUACACUGUUUCAGAUGUAUUGAAAUUUCUUGAUGCUUGUACACUUCUAUAUGUGGGGUGGGGAAUGCUUCUGUUGGUUUCUGAAAUGUCUAAAAAUCUGCACUGUUUCUACGUUACAAGAUUUUAAAGUCCAAACGCAUUAUUUAUUUGGGGGAGGGGGUAGUAUUUUUGUUAGAUUGAUUCACCAAGAUAAAACAACCUGUGGUAGCUCAAGUAAAAUAAUUAAAAUGAUAAUCUUUCAUUUUGCUUUUACAUUGAUUUAUUGUAAAUGCAAUUUUUAAUGAAGACACAGAGUAUCAUGUUUUUGGUUUGUUUUUCUUUUUUUGGUUGUAUUUUUUUUUUUUUUUUUCUGCCCCACAAAGAGCAACAUGUUAAUCUGUGGACAUGGUGUAAGGGAUUCUAAUGAAUUAGUCUUCUACUUAAAAGGAUACUAUAUGCACCAUAACUACUAAAGCAUUCUGUAGCGAUUAUGGUGCAGGAAGCCCUCUGGUGCUAUUCUAGGGUAAGUGGUAAAACCAUUUACAACUGAUUUGGCACUUAUGUGUCACUAUUUAGAUGCCUUGAGUCCUUCCAUAUGGCACAGCUAUGCUAAAGUGCAAAUUUAUAACUCUGGAGAUUACUCAUUUGCUUAGCGCAGGGGUUCCCAAUUAAUUUUUCCCCCUAGAACACUUUGACAUACGCUAAUAACGUUGAACCCCCCAAAAAAAGUUUUGGCGCUGUAGUGCAGAUAGUAAACAGAUAGUAGUACUUAGGAGCAGGUGUGCUUUUGUGUGUACAAGUGGUGUUUGUAUAUAAUGUUAGUGUUUUGAUACAGGAGUGUGUUUUGUAUAUAAAUUUGAAUUCAGGUUUUUUUUGUAUGUAAUGCUUGUUUGCAGGAGUGUGUUUGCAGGAGUGUAUGCCCAUAUACGUGAUUGCUGUAUGUAUGAGAGGGAGACAUCCAAAUACACACAUACUGACAUACACACAGUGACACAUGCUCAGACCUUGACACCCUUGCACACACUCAGAUAUACAUUCUCACUGACAAACAUACUCUUUGAGACACUAUUUUUUAUUUUAUUUUUUAUUUUUAUUUUUUUACAUUUUACUCCACCCAGCCUCCCUACCUUUGGGAGUGCUGACAUGGAGUCUCUAUUUCCCUAUGGUCCAGUGGGGCUGCUGGGCUGAGCGGCUGGCGUGCGGUCCCUGGGGUCCAGUGGGGCUGCUGGGCUGAGUGGCUGGCGCUAGAGCGUGGCGGCCAUUUUGUUUGCCAAAAUUACGGUGGAACUCCAUUUAUAUUCAUGCGGAACACCAAUUGGGAAACACUGGCUUAGAGCAUUAACUAUGCAUACUUGAAGAACUGUGCGUAUCCAAAAGAGACAGGUAAAUGUCAAACUUCUCAAUUAGUUUUACAUCUUACCCUGGGACAAUGCAAGAAUUCCUGUUACCAUAAUCUCAUCACACCAUAGUGUUUAUGGUGCUGAAUGUGUUCCUUUAAGCAAGUGAAAAUGCUUUGCAGGUUUAUUUACUUACCUGUGAAUCAUGGUGAAAUGUAAAGUAGUCUAAAAUAACAAUCUUGCCAAUUUUUUUUUAUUUUAUUUUUUAACUCUUCACUUGCAUUUUGUAGCUUGGUUGCUUAUGGGUAUAUAGUUAUCCAAGCUGGAGAACUGUUGCAUUUCACCUUAAAUUUUUGCAGUUCCCUUGGCAGUUAUCCAAAUUUCAUGUUUAGCCAAUAAACCCAUUCGUAUAUUCUAUUUAAACAGGACAUUGUCGGUAACAAAAAUUUUUAGCUCAGAAUUGCAGAAGUUAGGCCCAAGUAGUGGAACUUAGGAGAAAAUAAAUCUUCCCCUCCUAAAACUAUCUUUCCAAUUUGACUAUAUUUGUAGAAAGCAGUUUGGUUUUCUCUUCACCUAAAUGAAGCUUAUUGAAUAAAAUCCAUUGUGUGUUGUAAGGUUCUGCCCACUUGCUAGUAGUGCAUGUUUUUGCAGUCCAGCAUUACCAGUUUGAAUGUUACAACACAAGUGAAAAAUUAUGCUUCACUUGAUAAAACAGUCAUAUUUACUUAUUUUAAAUUCUGUUUCGGCCAUUACAGGGUGCCUGAUAUAUGAACUUAACUUAUCAAGGUACACAAUUUGAUUAGGAGCGCUUAUAUGUAAUUUAUGACUAGGGCCAGAUUAAUAGCCCAGUGGGUCUGGUGCCGACAAUUAUGAUGGGUCUAAUUACAAAAUCUUAUUGACCAAAAACACUAAAACAGUCCUACCUCCCAAGCGUCAUGUAUUUGAUGAAGAUGGUGCUGGAGGGAAACUCAUAGGGUGCAGCUAUGCCGGAGUUUGGGGAAGCUUGUUCUGUGCUAAUCUCACGCUUUCACCUUUCAAGUAAAUCCAUACCCCAUAACAGCAGUGUCCAGUGAAGCAGGAAGUCUAUGGACAGGGUAAAAGGGUGGGCCACUGACUCGAAUCAUAUAACCAGAACUGCUGAAUGGGGCAUGUCUGCCAAAAGAAUUUGAAGGACAGCCUGGCAUGAAUGCAUGUCAGGCUGCCUGCCAGUCAUGCAGGCUGGCCAACUAAGGGCAUACUAUGCAGACAGCACCCUUAGCUUGGCAUAAAUGUGUCUGAUACUCGCUCCACUCUUUCUAAGGACUCACGUGUACACUUGUCUCUUUACCUUCCUACUAGCGGGCAGAAGCCCCUGGUAUAUAAUCUGGGACAGAGAAAAGGUGUAUGUAGUGAGUGUAGAAGACAGGAAACAUACCACAGUGUUAGAGAGACCAAAGUCAGCAUUACCUAAACUAAUUUCAUUGUCAGCCAGUACACUCCAGUUUUGUUUCUCUACAUCACUCUUAAGUUUCCAUACUUAAGUAAAAGUAUGCGAAAAGUAGUUGGGGUUGCCACAUUUCUUGGGGGGGGGGGGAAAACGGCCUUACUAAUUUGCAUAUUUUUUGUAUGCGUGACAUCACAUAAUGUAACUCAAAAGGAGUGACCGAUAAUUCUGGAAAAUCACUAAAAAAAACAUACUUCUAGUUUGAUUCUACUGUAAAUAUGGAUUACUCCCUGUCUGUCUCCCUGUCUCAGUCUCCCUAUGUAUCAGUGUCCAGUAGUGUCUUAGUCUCCCCUAGUGUUUGUGUUCCUUAGUGUCUGUGUCCCCAUAUCACUAGGACACUGAGACACAGAGGACACUGGGAGACAUGGGGAGACUGAGACCAUAGGAACACUGGCAGGGAGACAUGGGGACACUGGGUCUCAGGGUCCCCAUGUGUCCCAAAGUCUCUCACCGUCCACGAUGUCUCAGAAUGUCCCCGUGUCUGUGUCCCUAUUUGUCCCUGCCGUCUUCCUCCCCCACCUAUCCCUCACUUACUGGAGUUGUAAGCUGUCUCUGCAGGUUGGGAGCUGCUGUCUUGACUCUCUGUUCAGAGCUGCUCCCCCGCAGAUCAGUGAGUAGAAAGAGGGGGAGGGAGAUGCUGUAACUUUGUAUCCCUGCCUCCACACACGCACAGCGCCACCUACUGACCGGUGCUAUUGCAUCUAAUCUCAGUGUAUUCUGAGACUGAAAUUUGUAUUGCUGGUAUUAUUGCAAUACUGGCACCGGUUAGGCGGCCUCAAAUACCGGAGAAAUACCGACCAGGUGGCAACUCUAAAAUAGUGUUUAAAAAAAAAAAAUACAUGUGCCUAUUCCAUUGGCCUGUAGCUGCAGCUCCAUCAGCCCCUAUGUUAAUCUGGCCCUCCUUAUGACACAAUCACAGAGCAGCUGACAGUGUCAUGAGGACUGGAGCAAAGUGCAGGUCAAACCCGUAGUUACCUGUGCUUGCACUGCACUUUGUGUGAUUUUAAGGGCAUUUAAAAUCAUACACAAAUGCUUUGGCAGUGUUUAUCAUUUGGGCAGCUCGUCAUUCUGUUUUCAGUUGGGGCCAAAUGACAAGCUCCUUUUACUGAGUAUCACAUCAGCAGUGAAGCUAAUGGCAUUGUGGACAUGCCCAUCCACAGUCUCUGCCCCUCCCUCUCCAAACAUGGCCGGUCUGAACAUGCUUAGAACAAAGUGUGUUGUUUAUUUUGGGGGGUGAGGGGGGAGUUUAAUUUGGCUUCUAAAUCAGUAAAUUAAUUACUUGAAUAUAGUGAUCCAAGUUUAGAGAAAACUAGGUGAGCCAUUUGUUCAAACUCUAGAUUUCAUAAACCUAAAAUAUUAUGGAAACUACGAGACAGCAUUUUAUGAGAGCACAGCUACUCAAUGUUUAGCCUGAUCUAUUGUUGUUCAGUAUUUUUCAUUUUAGUGUCUUUUUUUCCUGAAGAACAAUACUUGAACAAAAAAAUGGAGAAAAAAAAGUAUCUCACACCACUGAAUUUAAUCUUCGGCAUACACUCUAUGCUGACGAUUUGACUGACAAGGGAGAACAGAAAAGACUUCCCACAGAUGGUCCUUCUGCUCUCUCAAACAAGCAACUACAGCGUACACUCUGUGGAAACUAUGGGAACUUCCUAGCAAACGCGACCAGCACUGGCUAGGGAAUAUAUGAACAGAGUGACUGAUCUCACUCCAUUCCAACACUGGCAUGCUGGCUCACAUAUGAGGCUUGCCCUUGGGGAAGUGUAACCAAGCAGGUCAAAUGAAAGCAGAAACCAGGCAGAGCCUGUGUGGAAUGGAGGUGUACGAAUAAAGGUGCAUGAAGAGUAACACCCGCAAAGGCGAAGAAAUGUCAGCGCUAGAUCAGGGGAAUGGUGAGUGAUGUCUCAUAACUUUACAUUUAAUACAUCAUGUAUCUUUGUGAUACUUUUACAGGGGUAUGCAUUUCUUUCCUUUAAACAGAAGGGUACAGAAAAACAGUGCUUACAUGGUAAAGAGAAACUUAUAACAUUUUAUUUUUAAAAUAAAAGACCACAUGUAUUAUAGCAUGCAGUUUAUUUACUAAACGUAAUUUUGCCAUUCUGAUUUAAUCUGCUAAAAUGUAAUUCAAAAAAGCCAAGCGCUGUAGCACAAUAGCAGAGAUUUAGAAUAGUUUUCCUAAAUCCUGACAUUUGGAUUUAAUUGAAUGAAUAACUCUAAAAAUUUAUUAUUUUGUAAUGCACAAGUAGAUUUCUGUAUUAGGCCAUCUUAAAGUCCUAUUUUGUCUGAAGCAAAAUAAUAUGUAAUAAAGAGCCAUUGAACAUCACAGAUCCUAAUGUCAUGUGCAAGUUGGGUAAACACGCUCUCUGGGAUCGAUUCAUACGUUAAAGUUCUGCAUGUUUGUGUGUGUGUGUGUGUGUGUACUUUUUAUACAAUUUAAAAAAAAAAAAUGUAUGACCACCCCCAACAAUGCAAGGUUAAGACAGGAGGUGCACUAAAAAUUGUAACGGAUAUCGAUAGGCUUGUCGUAUGAUUUUGUAACAAAUAUAUAAUAUAAAACAUGGAAUCUUAUAGUUCUAUAGUAAUUAAAAAGCACAUUUUACCAUGUAACAGGGGACAGAACACAAAUGUUCCAUUUAACUCUUCUAUGGUUAUUAAAAUAAAUUCCUAAUACAGUCAAUAUACAUACAGUACAAAUCUAAUCUUAAAAUCCAAUUUUCGUAAAGUGUUUCCCAGAAAUGUUGUACACAGCCUACAACAUAGUAGUAGACUACAGUAAUACCCCCUUCCCCAAAAAGCUCCACAAAACACCAAAACUUUAUUACAAAUAAGAGGCAGUGUUCGCAGUAAGCAGAAAUACUAGCACGCGUUUCAAUUUAUAUAUUACUCUACUGUAGAUGUACAGUUUGUGUUCAUGUGAAACUUGGAAACUUUAACAUAUUGCCAGAUUAUGAGCUGGUAUCCCACACGAGGGUAAAAUGACUGAUGUAAAAUAUUUUAUGUAAGUAGAUGCAAUAUAAGCUUUGUAUAAAAGCUUGAAAUAAAAUGCCACAAAUGGAAAAAUAACAUGUAAUUUUUAAUUAAACUGCAAUUUUAUCUUGUAUUUUUGUGAUCAAUUUAUUUGUGCAUGGGGAAAAGCCCUCCAAGAAUUAUGGUGAAUAUACAUGUCAGUGCUAUUUUGUACCUAUAAAGUGAGAUUUCUCUGCAGAGAGGAAAUCUAAUCCUAAAAGUUUUUUUCCAAAGAUUGUAUGUUUUUCAGUACGUUAUCAAGUAUCUUAUCCUCAAAGCAAAGACUGUUGAGGUGCAAUUUCUGU